AUGUCUGAUGGGACGUAAGUACAUUGUGUGCAAUCUAUAUGCUUUGAUUAGGAUGAUGGUUAAAUAAAAUAACAAAGUGUGCCAGUUGCUUGACUUAAUUCAUGUUGAUUAAGCAAGCUUUAUUACAGGAGAAGUUCACAGAAAUAAGAUGGGAAGGGUAAUUAACCUGAUGUAUUAAGGAAUAAAAAGGCAGCAAUUUGGGUUUUCUUUUUUCCUGAUGAUAAUUUUUAUUAAUUUUCAAUUACAAUCCAAAAUAGCCUCAUUUGCAACAAUACCAAAUUAUAAUACAGUUACUAAUACCAAUCAUUCAAAUACUGAAUUAUAUAAUUUAGGUGGCCCCCCACAUGCUAGAUUUGAUGGUUUGAUGGUUUUCUUUAUUUCUGUGUUCCAAAAUCUUCCUAAUUUCAAUUAAAUUCCAGUUAAAAUAAUCCCUUAUACAACAACUGCAGUAUUAACAACGUCUAUUUGUGUUGACACAUUAAAUGAUUUAUAGAACUACAAGUGAGGCACUCAAACUAUAUCCUUGUUUUUCCUGUGUGUGGCAAUUAUUCUGUUCGUGGUGUUUCUUCCUGUCCUUGUAAAAUGUUAUGUCUAUCUUUCCCCCAUUGUUGCUGUUCUCCAUCAUGCCAUGCGUGGAGCUGAUACAGUCAUACCUCGGGUUGAAUGCGCUUCAGGUUGAGCGUGUUUGAGUUGCAUUCUGCGGCAACCCGGAAGUAACGGAGCGCGUUACUUCCAGGUUUCGCCGCUUGCGCAUGCGCAGAUGCUCAAAAUGAUGUCACGUGCAUGCGCAGAAGCAGCGAAAAGCAACACGUGUGUGCGCAGAUGUGCCAUUGCUAGUUACGUUUGCUUCUAGAUGCGAACGGGGGUUCCGGAACGGAUCCCAUUCGUAUCUAGAGGUACCACUGUAUCCCAUUUUCCCCCAGAAAAGUCUCCAUUGCUCUGUCCCGUGCUUCGUCGUUUUGCAGCUUUAACAACAGCUGUAAAAAUCACUCUGUCCCAAUAAAUAACCUGUUUUCACCAUUUUUCCUCUCAGCCUGGGAAGAAGAGUGGUCUGUCGAACUGCAGAUGACUCAUUAAUGAACCUUAUCAGUUACUUGGCAAGUUCACAGACUCCUUUCAUCCUUCCAUCCAACUGAAGAUAAAUGAGCAAUUAUACUUCCAAUUAAAUUAAAUUCCAAGUCCUUUUAGCGUUAUUCAGUUCACUCCGUAGAUAAUAAAGGAUGGGGAAGAAUCAGUUCUAAGUUUCCAUUGUAAAUCUUUUGCAAAAUUGAGCUUCCCUCCCCUUUUCCUUUUUUUACAAACACAGUUUAUAUUCCAUAUUUAUAAUCCAGUUUCACCCCUCCUAACUUGUACAUAUAUAAUUUGAACUAACAUUCAAGGGAGGGUUGUCGAAUCAUAAACAUAGAGAAGAAAACUUUAUAUCAAGAAGCCGUAGGCUCCCCCCCCCCGUCUUUUGCACCAAAUGAAAUUUUCUCUCAAGUUCAAACCUUAACGACCUUUUUGCUGGUUCUGUUCCACAGUUUAUGAUCUCAUUUCUUCUAGCAUGCACCUGUACUUUAGUCCGCAAUUUCUUGAUACAAAAAAGUGUGAAAAAUAGAAUGGAACUUUUUGAUUGUGAUUAGGAACAGAAAUGAAAAUUGGUGUAAAAAGCUUUUGUUGGAUUUCUGGCAAAACAACCUGCAAAAACUAACUUGUAAGCCUUAGGUAAUGGUCUUUCAUUGGAAAGAGAAACAAGAGAGGUGUGGCCUCUGAUUCUCAACCCCCCAACGUACUGACGGUUUAGUUAUAAUAAAUUUGCAAUAAAAGAGGAAUGAGAUGAAAAUAACUAUGAUGUUACGUGAAGCUUAGCAAACACUAUUUGAUAACAGAAGGGGAUAAGCAGAAGAUGGGUUAAAAAUUAAUUUAAGUAAAGCAGAGUCUACAGUACAUAAAUAGUAAAUCUUUUUGGAAUUGAAUUAGUAGUCCUUAUUAUUUGUCAAUUAUUGAUUUCAAAAACAGAUUAAUUAGUGGAGGCCAAUGAAAGACUUAUUAGAAAAUUGCACCUAAAUUUUCUAACAUGAAGUAGUCUACUAGGACAGUCCUGUGCAUGCUUACUCAGAAGUAAGGACCACUGUUUCACUGGGGCUUUUCUCCAGGAAAGGUGUACAAGAGAUUGCAGCAAGGAAACCUCCAAAGAGGUAAUGUGAAAGACAGACACGUUAAAAUUCAUCAUUUUCAAGUUUGAAAAGAUAUUGUGAAGUAGCUAAGAGAAGAAGGGGGGAGAUGUUAUGUUGAGGAGAAGACUUGGGUAAAUGAGCAGAAGUGGGGAGAUUGGAAAUUAAAGCUGUGAUUCUAUGCCAAAUUAUCUGAAAAUAAGUCCUGUUGAUCAAUCUGGGACUUUUGUAUAGGAUUGCAUUCCUAAAAAUACUACACUAAGGGAAUCGGAUAUAAAAGAAAUUCAUAAAGCAUCCCUGUUAACCUCUUUAUGUUCUGAACAAAUGGCUUUAACAACUGGGACAAAAAUAUGGUUGUAGAGAAUAGGGAGUGUUUCCAUAAUGAGCUAGUUAGAAAAAGCAAAGGAUCUAUGGGUGUUACAUGACUAUGCCAUACUCAGAGUAGACUCGCUGAAAUCAGUGGGCAAAUUAGUCAUGAAUAGACCCACUGAAAUCAAUAGACAUGUCAGUUCCUCACUUCUGGCUGGAAGGACCACAGAAUGGGGUUCAGAAUAACUUCCUGUGAUAGGAUAACAAACCGAUAGUCUGCCUGCAUGUUUCAAACUCCCCACCUCCUCUGUGUUCUUUGGUAGAUGUCUGCGCAGAAGAAAAGGUGCACAUGAAAUAGAACCCAAAACUGAUCUUACUCGCUGGCGAUUCAGCUCUGUGGAAGGGCGGCAGAAAUGGUACUACGUGGCAAGCAGUGAAGAAUGUGCCCGUGAACAGAAUGCACUCGAGGCUUACACUUUAGGGCUGGACACUGUAAGUGGCUUAAUGAUAACAGAUGGUACAACACUGAAAGGCUACAAAAGGAGCCCAGGGCAUGAGGACUGCUGGCUUGGCCCUGCCUAGCGGCAGUUUCUCAAGGGCUGGGUCAUUUUUCUUUUGGCUUCUCAUCUUCUGACACGUCAGUUAGGAACACAGGAAGCUUGGUGAUUGCUUUCAUGGAACUGUGGAAGGGAUCAUGAGGGUCAUCUCCUCAAACCGCCUGCCACUUGGUGCUGUACAACUGCAACUUGAUAAUGUCAGGGUUGAAUAUGAAACCCUACUUGAAAAAAGACAAGCCUGCAAGAUGAAUAUGACAAUCUGCAGGAAAUACUGAAAUACAUAACUUGGUUAUCACUUUCUACAAGGCAGUUUCUUCAUGCUUGUUGCCUAUAAUGAUGACUGAAUUCAUCUGCAAGCAGUUUGCGGCCUCAGUGUUUGGUUCUUAGCCUUGGAAAGGGAGUUGGACUACAUGAUCUUCUGGUCCGUCAUAUUCUAUAGUUCUCUGAUGUGAGAGCUCUGUGGUAUUCUCCUAGAGAACAGCCACUCUCUUGCUCUCAAUGAUCAGUCUCCAGUAUACUGUGCCUGAUACUCAUUUCCAUGAUGCACGGAUGAUGCAUCUGCAUGAGGCAUUUUGAUGUGCAUGAAAAUACUGAGGCACAUCAAUCCAAUAUGCAGUUUGUUUGGAUAAAGGCCUCUGACUGAUGGCUGGAUUUCUAAACAGUUGUGAUAUCCCAUAUUGUGAGAUGUUGGCAGGUGUAGAUUUCACUUGAGAUGUGCUUGUAAAACAUAGUUUUGGAACCGUCUCUCAGGGCUAAACCAUCCAGUACAUUGAAUGACUUUUUGUAUUUAACAUGACUGUUGUUUUAAACUGAAACAAGUUCAUGAGGGCCCAAUCAGGAUAGGGAUUGGGGUGGGUGAGGAAGAGAGAGUUAUCCCUUUCCCAGCCUGCCCAUGUCUACAGGCAAAUACAAAUAACAGCUGGCGAUGGGCGUUUCAUUGAGACUGCUGCUAGGAGGGGAAGUGUUAAAUGACACCUCCCCAUCUGCCAUGGUCCCAUUCCUGACUACCCUUCCCUGCUAUAUUUAUUUCUAAGUGACCAAAUAGUUGCAUGAAAUGUAGCAGGACAUUUAACACAAUGCAUACUUUGUCUUGUAGAUAGUCUGUUUAGUUUUUGUGCAUUUCUCUUACUUUUCCUAUUUUGUUUUACAGAGCAAGUUCUUUCCAGAUUUGCCCAAAGCUAGCACUGCCCAGGAAGCAGUCCAGAAAGCGAUUAAAUUCUUCUCUGGCCUGCAAGCAGAAGAUGGCCAUUGGGCCAUGGAGUGCUCUGGUGUUCUCUCUCUUGCACCAGGUACAUGGACACUAGCGGGUUUACCACAUAUGCAUUAACUGGCUAAGGAGGACCUCCCUGUAUAUUUUCUAUAAAUUUGUUGAUCUUCUUUUACCAGGCAGACAGAAAUAGGUUGAUAUUUGGAGAAACCUCUUAAACUGAGGCCUUCUUUUAAGAGCUAUUAUGCAGUGUGUGAAUGUUCCUCGCUCGAGACACUUCUCCACUCUCUGAAAACUUCUUUGAUCUCAGUGUCAUGAAUGUCUUUUUCCAUGCAUGAGAGGCUAAACCUUGAACCCUCUUAAUUCAGAAGGGAGUUUUUGUAACUAAGAUAUAUAUCCCUGUUAUCUUCCAUCACUGCAUAAUUAUUUCUGCUGACAGGAGUGUCAGGGGUCGACACUUAGUCUUCCAUUACCUUCCCUGGAAGUCUGAUCCCUGGAAGAUGUGUAUGUUCUUCAAGCCAGAUUGCCUUGGGUCACCUGCCUGGGAAAUUCUUCAUUCUCAGAAUUUCCUAUAGUUAAAUUUAUAUAUAUAUUUAAAUCCCUCUAUUUAGGAAAACGAAGUCUAGCCUCUCUCACAAAGCAGAAUACAGUGGUGCCUCACAAGACGAAAUUAAUUCGUUCUGCGAGUUUUUUCGUCUUGCGAGUUUUUUCGUCUUGCGAAGCACGGUUUCCCAAAGUCUUCAAAAUCACCAAAGUCUUCAAAAACCUCAAAAAAGGCUACCACACCGCGUGCUAUGAGUUGCUCCUCGAAGUCACCCUGGGUAUUAACGGUUUUAAGAAAAAGGAAACAAACUUGCAAGACGUUUUUGUUUUUUUCGUUUUUCGUCUUGCGAAGCAAGCCCAUAGGGAAAUUCGUCUUGUGAAGCAACUCAAAAAACGAAAAACUCUUUCGUCUUGUGAGUUUUUCUUCUUGCGAGGCAUUUGUCUUGCGAGGUACCACUGUACUUAUUCAGUAUAUCCUGAACAGGGGGAUAAUCCAUUGAAUCCAUUGUGCAGGAUACUGUCCAUCGGUGGCAUCAUACAGCUGUAUGGAGAUGUGGUAGACCAGAUGAUUUAAAUUUUUUCUUCCCCUUACAGUUAAUCUUAAUUAUUAUUUUUAACUGUCUUUACUGAAAAGUUUAAUAUUUCCUGUAAACCACUUAGUGGGAUUACGUCACUGAAGUGGUAUAUAAAUAAAUAAUAAAAUUUGAUUUGUGUGCAGAUCAAGAUGAGAGAGAAAUUUGAUUCAGUUUGCAGUUAAAGGUCUUAUUAGCACUUUCAGAAACAGUUUGAGAACUGAAACACAGGCAUUCUUUGAAGUUCGCUCUUCACUGAUUUUUGUAGUGCAUAUCCCCAGCCAAGUAGUGUGUACAAUGGCAUAUACUAGAGUAAAAACAUAAAUCUUGUUAUGUUUGACCUUUUUCUUCUGUUUCAAGAUGGUAAAAACAAACAAUGGGGUACAAAAGCAUAAGUUACGUUUCGAUAUCCAAACAGGCGGUUUAUUGGCAGAUCAUACCAAAGUUAAGAUUGUCAAGUACUACACAUCUUCUUCUUCUUCUUUUUUAACCAAACAGCUAUUUUGAUGUCAUGUUAUGCUGCCAAGAUCUCACUACCAGAAGAGGUUGAGAGAGAGCUCCUGCGCUACAUCCUCUCAAAACAGCUUCCAGAUGGUGGCUGGGGCCUGUAAGUAGUCCAAGGAGGGUGUGAGCUUCUCUAGAGUGGCCUAGGGAGAGAUGUUCUAAUGCUGCAUAUCUUUGUCUUGGGCUGGCCCAUGAUGCAAUUCCCCCAUGAAGGCUUCUUUAAAUCACUUCUGCAUUCUGCUGUCUUUUGAUUGUGAGCCUUUUAUUUGCAAUACUCACCAUGUGAACUGGGCACCAGGGUAGAUGACCAGAAUGCAAGCUGGGCUCAGCAUGUACUGAAGUUGCCCAGCUGUGGCGGAGAAAGAUAGAAUUCUGGCAUGAGGAGUGGAGAGAGGCAACAAUAAUGAAGAUAUGAUAUCUGACAUAGCUAUUGCCUUUGAAAAGCACCAUCUCUAGGAAGUAUUACUAUUGAUAAAUGGUGUGGUGAGGCCAGGUUGCCUCCAUCCAAAUGUAUCCUGUCAAACCACAAAAUGGAUUGGAGUUUGACUGAGCUUUGAAUCUGAAUUCUUAGUAGCAUGGUAUCAACUUUAUUUAGCUGGAAUGGAAUUUCAACUGGUACUCAGGUUGUAUGAGCUGCUUUCAAGCCCAUGCUGCCUCAUGGAAGGAAAGAUUUCAAAGCACCAAAUGCCCUUCAUUAAGGCAUUACUUUUUUAAAAAGGUAAUAGAAAACAAAAGAAGGUAUUCUGUGGUGUCCCAGCUAAUGGAUAGCUGGGUAUGGGUGAGGUAAAUUCUCAGAAAAGCUUUUGAAUUUAAGGUAAUACACCAGAAGAAUGGAAACUAAACAAUUCAAAGAGAUUUCCAGACCUCUGGACUCACUGGUCCACUUUCUAAUGGCUCUUUGAUCUCUCUUUAUUGUAGCCACCUUAAAGAACAGUCAACAGUAUUUGGCACAACCUUUAGCUACAUAGCUAUGCGAAUCCUUGGACUUGGGCCUGACCAUCCAGAUGUAGUGCGGGCUCGGAUAAAUCUCCACAAGAAAGGUAAGGCAGAAAUCUCCGCCAGGGCUGGAUCAAUCCAUUUUACUGGAGUGUAGUGCCCAGGUAAAGCUGGGGGCCCUGAUGUAGUUAUUUGGGAGCAUCUUCCUAUUCUGCCUUCCCCCCCCUUCCUCCCUUCUUUUGUGGGUCCUGUUAGAAAUCACCAUAGACUGAUCAUAGAAGUUGUGUGUAUGUCCCAAAUAGAAGAUGCUGGUCAUAUCUUCCCUCCCAUUUUCCCUUCUCUAAAAUUUAUAUUGGGAACUCUUGGGAUGGGGGACAUGGAACUGCCCUUUUAUGCCACUCUGUAAUGCACAAUAUACAGCGAUAAAAUUUUAUUUUACUGUAUUCUUAGAAAUACAAAGAAUGAGGUGAAUUAUAACCUCCCUUUUGCAGCAGCAUUUUGCGGUGAACCCCCCUCUUAACUACUGCUUAAUCUUUUUGGUUUUAUAAAGAAAACUCUCUGGUUCUUGGAGACUUAGGAAAGUUAAACAGGGAAAGGUUUUUAUUUUACAGAAACAAGGUGAUAAAUGCACAGCUUCUUUUCAGUUAUUUCAUUUCAGUUCCUAAAACUUAAAUGAGUAGAUGUUACAGCUUUGGCCUUAAUACCUGGGGUCUUAAAUAAGGUGGUGCUUGCUGUCAGUUUCCCAACUUUCUGUAAAUCACACUCCUGAGGCUCUAAUAGGAUUACAGGUGAUCACCCUCCAACUGGUUUGGGAAUCUGCUUUUUCUCUAGAAGUUCUGUCACCUUCUUUCUGAACUGGGACCCCAAGUAGAGUGUCCCCUCAUAACUCUACUUAUCCUGUCCCCAAUUCAGCUUCCCAGUUUUUCUCUUGUCUGUACACUCCUAAAAAGACACUAAUUAAUGUCUUUCAAACUAAACUCAGCAGACUUCCAUCUCUGGCUACAGAUAUUUUCCUCAGAGUGGAGCUAUACACCUAUCUAGCUGAACUCCAAGAACGCCAACUUUCAACUCUUCUCUCCCCAACUGUCUCUAUGGCUUUCUCUUUUUCCUCCCAAAGUGCAGACUCCAUACACACACAUACCCCUGCCCAGCUAGUUGUAUCCACAGCCACUCAGAAGGAGGCUACAGCUCAGCUCUGGUGGAAUUCCAAGGCACUUCAUCACUAAACUCUGGUCUAGCUGAGCUUUCUGUCACACAUUCACAUAAGGUUUAAUGGAACAAGGAGGUGAGGCGGUUCCUUCUGCAUGGAUACAGUCUGAGAAAUACAUAGCAUAUGUUUUCAGGAUGAUCAGGGCAUUCGCCCUGUCUCUGGGUAGCUUGUGCAGUUAUAGGAAAAAUGAGGAGGGAACUCUUUGGGUUCAGCCAGUUCAGAAACACUGCAGUGAGCAUAGCUUAAAGUUGUGCAACUGCUACUAGACUUCCCCUUCAAUGUGUGGAGUGUGGCCGGGCCAGGCAAUGAGGGUGUGAUGGGGCAGGGGUGGGGGGACUGGGCCAGUAAGCCCAGUUCUCUUUCCCCCCCUCGUGUGAUGAGGACAUAAAACCUGCAUAGAGGUAGUGUUGGGUGGUAUUAAAUCUGGACACCACAGCAGUUCUUAUACUCAUGUCUCCUCCUGAUAUGGGUAAGAAGAAAUCUGAAAAACCACAUGCCAUAUGGCUCUCUCUAAAUAAUAAGAACAAUCCUAGAAAAAAGAAAGCUAGGAUUAAAUGUUUUUGUCGUGUUCCUGUACAAUAGAGAGUCUUUCUAAGCACCCAUUUCCCUUUUUAUAGUUUUGCAAAGUACGGUAUCUUCACAGCAAGGCAAUAAUCAUAUCUAGGUUCGCAUUGUAAAUUUAUUUGGCUUUGUCCCCUUCAGUCUACAGAAGCAAAGAUGUUGAUAAUUCUCUUUCUAGGUGGCGCUCUUGGAAUCCCUAACUUGGGCAAAGUUUGGCUGGCCAUUAUGAAUUUGUACAGCUGGGAGGGAAUGAAUUCACCAUUUCCCGAGUUGUGGUAUGUGUCUGAAAGUUUACUGAUCCCCACCCCACGCCACCAAUCAUGAACCCCCCCCCAAUGUCUACAGUGUUGCACAGUAGACAAAUUCUUUAUUAAAUAACAGUGACUUGGAAAUUGAAAUUAAUCCAUAUUAACCUUCACCACUCUCAGAGGUCCAAAGAGGCCUGGGCUAGUUCCAGUUUUUGAGGCCCCUAGCCAUAAAAAAAUAAAGAUAAGAAUGACAACUCUGGAAAACAAAAUAAGGCACCAGCAAUAUAGUGGGAGAUUAUUGCUUUGUUUGUUAUUAUGUUACCAGGUUUUGUGUUUUUAUACUUUAAAUUGCCCUGAUCCUCAGAUGAAGGGCAAUAUAACCUGCUUUUAGUGUUACCACUACAUCCAGGAUUCCUGACAUUGUCUUCCAUGACCCUGUUUCUUCCUUCUUUAUGAAAUAGGCUGUUUCCUACAUGGCUGCCGGGACAUCCCUCGACAUACUGGUGUCACGCUCGCCAUAUCACCCUCGCGAUGAGCUACUGCUAUGCCACUCGCCUGACUGUAGAAGAAGAUGAAUUGAUCCAGAGUCUAAGACAGGCAAGACAACAUUCUCCAAACAUCCCACCAUCCUCGGUCAAAGUGGGACCCUCAUACUUCCUUGGAUCUGCACUUGGGGAAUUGCUUGCUUGUAUCUGACAGGGAGAAGGCUGAACUGGAUGUCUUAUUUUCCAUUUAAGGCAGAAGUCAAGCUCAGAGCAUCGGUGUUUCAAAAUGCCAUGGGAAUAUUUAUUUUGGAGAGAGGUGGGGGCAUGUAAACAUGCCACUUGGCCAUCCCUAUUCCAUAGGGGAGGGCAACUUUGGGAGGGUAGAAUUUGGAGUGGAGAUGGUGCACAUGGCAUCACCCUGCCAAGUCACAUAAGUCUCUCUCCAUUCAUGCUCUUAUUUUAAUUUAUUUAAAUGGCUCUGUGCUUCCUGUGCCACAGAGUAUUCAUUAACUCUUUGCCUCUUCUCGUAAAAACUGGUGAACAACAUCAAUAUUGCCUCCUACAUCACAGCAAUACCACAAUCUCCCUUUUUUAUGCUUCUUUUUCUUUCUUUCUUUCUUUCUUUCUUUCUUUCUUUCUUUCUUUCUUUCUUUUUCCUCCCCUUUCUUUUGGUGUGGUAAAAGGAGCAUUCUUCUCCCCUCUUCUGUACUACCAGAAAAACAAAUCAAUGAAGAACUGUUGAACCAUUAAUCUCCUGUGGAGUACCCUCCUCUUUCUCCUCUAAUGUUUUAUUUAUUUAUUAUUUAUUAUAACAUACUUUUUUCCAUUUAAGUAUCAAAAUGGUGAUGACGUAGACUAUUGCUCAUGAAAGCUGAUGCCAUAACACAGGGAGGGGAAAAUGCUAAAAUGAAUUUGCUGGGGGUUUUUUAAAGCUCUGAAAUGACAGUUGUCAAGUACACUAAUAUCCUGCUUCUUCUUUACUAUGAAAGUCAUUUCACUUCAUGGUUUCCUUCUAGGAGAUUUAUGUGGAGGACUUCUCCACCAUUGAUUGGCCAGCCCAGAGGAACAAUAUUUACGAAGCCGAUUUGCAUGCUGCACACAGCUGGAUGCUGGAUGCUGCUUUUGGUGAGUGAUUUUGGAACUGGCAAGUCUUUUUCCAGGAGUUCAGGCCUCCAACGUAGGUUUCCUAGGGUUUAGUUGACACAGAGAAAGAGAUUUCUGUUGGUAUAGGCAAACACUUUUCAUCAGAGGAUAUCCAUGGAAACACACAACAUUUUCCAAGUUUCAUAUUAUCAUAUGUAGCAAGCAAAUACUUAGCCAAUUACAAGGACAAGGGAUAUUGAAUCACACUGUGAAGACAGCGUGUGGGAUCUCUCACACGAUCUGAAUUGUGAUUUCUACCCCGCCCAUUGCUUUUACAGUGUGAAUUGGGAUCCAUUGUUGAUCAGUUAAGGAAGAACAAGAUAUGUAACUACUUGAUGCAGGGGUGCCAACAGGAUUAUCUGGGUCCAAUGCAUUGUACCUUGAUUGGGCUCUCUGACUCACUUGCCAAAGAGAACGCAGAUCUGCAUAAAAUGUGUGUGUGUUGUGUAACAUGCAAAUUUGUGUCCUCUUUUGCAGGUAAGGUGGAAGGCCCACAAAUGAAGAAGGGCAUGUUUUGCUUCUUUACAUUCUCAUAGUUUGGGGGCCCUACUGAUCCCAAUGAGAGCUAGUGGGAGGGUCCCAGCAGCAGUUUUAUGGUGCUUAAUGACCCCCCCCCAUUUGCUUCCCAGUGAACCUUAAAAUGAUCAAACUGUUUCAUUCCAUUUCUCUAGAUGUAACCUUGCCCAAGCCAAAGGAGAAAAUCUGGCAGGGAUUGUGAUUUUGGCUCUUCAAUUUUGGGGGUGGGGGUGGGUCCAGGGUGGAGGUUUGUUGGGAAAGAUUUUGGGAGGGGAUCUGCAAAAGGUUCAUGGAAGUUGGGGGUAAAUGAAAAGAAGAAAAAAACCAAAUGACCCCAAACAACUGGUGCCCACCCGUGAUAAACCCCUUCACUCACACCCAUGUUCUUUUGCAGAUUCCCCCCCCCCAAAAAAAAAUCAUAUUUGAAAUUAGGGGCUGAAAUCCUGCCUCUGUUUUGAGCCAAAAUAUAUUUCAGAAGCAAGUGCCAUUGAAUUCAAUGGCACCCUCUUCCGGGUAAUUGCAUGGAGGAUUGCAGCCCCAAACACAUGAGGAAGAUAGAACUGCGUUAACAUGAUUGCGAUGUUCAUAGUGACUCUCUUAUUCCUUCUGCAGCUACUUUCAAUUUGUAUGAGAGAUACCAUUUCACCAGUUUCAGAAAGCAAGCCAUUGCAGAAAUGUAUGAGCAAAUCAAGGCUGACGACAUAUUCUCAAACGCCACCAAUUCUAGCCCGGUAGGUCCUUUGUGAAGAAAAAAAUUGUACUGGGAACAAAUUCCUUUUGAUGACAGCAUAUACUCAUUCUCCUGAGGAAGCUUUGCUUCAAAAACCAAACAGAGAGCUAUAUUUGUGGCAAUCUUGUUCUGCCCGCUUGAGUUUCUGUGUUUGGCUGGUGAGAUAGACAGAUGAGAGUGUUAAGCAUGCAGGUAUAGCAGAGGGGAAUUCCUAACUGGAAUGAUAUUCUCUUUUGUCCUGCAGACUUGUAAAGCGUUUCAUGUGCUAAUAAGCAGGUAUGCUGAUGGAGCCGAUUCUCCAGCUUUUCAAGAACAUAUCUCCAGGAUCUAUGACUACCUUUGGUAAGCCUGGCAUAUGUAUUCAAACCCAUCUUUGUAGAAUCCUGAACAUGGUCUUGCAUAAGUGUGCUUUUGCAGACCUGGAUCUUUCCUCAAACCAAGGUCAAUCGGACUAGGAAACGUAAAUGGUGUGUACACCUGUGAAAGCCGUAGUAUGGGCACACAUGAGCACAGAUGCUCAGAUGGCAGCUUCAUUACUAGGAGUUCUGGGAGGGUGCGGGGGACCAGCAAUGGCAUGCACACUCUGUAAAGAUCUCUGCCUCUGAUGUGAACAACACUGUGCAAAUGCAGCUUGCAGUGCAGUAAGAAAAAAUCACCUUGUUGUGUUUUAAGCUGCAUAUGUGAACAUAUCCUUAUUUGCAGCAUAGGUGGAACUCAGAAAGGUGUCAUGCACACCUGCGUCCCUCUCAUUGUGUUGUCUGGAAGAGAUUUCAGGGAGAUUUUGCUUUUUGGCUAUUCUUAAAGCCUAUUCUAGACUUGUCAAGCCUUGGUCUCCUGUUAUGCAAUGAAGUUAGAGAACUACAUGGACUUGCGUCUGCUAUAAUCUCUGCUUCUUAUAUCUCUGCAGGAUUGGACAAGAUGGCAUGCUAAUAAAGGUACAGUAGUGUGGACCCAGAUGUUGGGAAUUGCUGUGGCCUGCAAUUUGCAUUGCUUUGGUGACUCUGAAGCUGAGUUGUCUUCUGCCUGCCUGAUAUCAAAAUAUCAGGAGAUGCAGUCUUGGAUCUCCUGCAUAUAGUGUAGCUUCACCCCAGGAUUAGGCUAGGAGGCAAGAUGUAACAUAACACAAGGUCAUGUAGCACCUUUUAAAAAUGCUGAACCAGAUAUUAUCUAAUAUGCUGAAAAUCCAAAGACUUGUGUUGCUUAACUGAGUUCAGUUCAGCAGAGAAGUUCAGAUUUUUGCAAGUCAUAGCUGCAGAACAAAGGGAAAAGUUCUUGAACCCAGGGAAAUUGAGCAGUACAAUAAAAAACAGGCAAGUAAACAUGUGGAGGAGCCCUUUAAUUACUGAUUUAUUCUUAGUGUUCUUGCUUUCUUUUUAAAUAGUGCACUGGAACAUACAUUUUAAAACAGAAAAUAAAAAUGUGAAAAAAACAGUUGUUUAAGAUCUGACCACAUGAAAUUCAGGAACCCCCCCCCCCCAUUUUCCCAUCUUCCACUCAGUUAAGCAAGAGGCCUUAUCACCGUUCCAUGAGACAUUCCAGCCCUUAAGGAGGGUGCAGAGCAAGGCCAGUGGAGGAGGGUGUAGGCUGGGAAGUGGACAUGACUGGGGAAGCAUCCAAAGGGCUGGUUAGAGAGGACUGCCUUUAGAUCCCAGGGCAUUGGUUCUCCACCCCUGAUCUAAUGGACAAAACUCUUCUUCCUUUUUUUAUAUCAGGUCAUGGGAUCACAGACCUGGGAUACAUCAUUUGCCAUUCAAGGCUUCUUGGAGGUAUCAUUUUAUAUUGUCAACUCUUCUGCUUUUGUUCUUUCCACAAUAAUUUCCAUUUACAUAUAUAUAUAUUAGAUGAAUGAACUGGCAUGUAGAGAGUGUGUGUUCAUUAUUUAACCAAAGCACACACACCAGGAGAUCCGAACACCUCGUAUGCCUGUCAUGGUUAACCAAGAAAGGCAUGUUCUCCAGGUGAUUCUUAGGACAUGAGGUCCAGAAAUCCACACACUGAGUAUUCCUUUUGUAACACUGAAGUUAUCCCUGAAGAACUUGCAUUUAUUUUUGUGGCUGUCCAAAGUGAUGAUUUUGUGUAAGUGUCUGAGAUUUUCUCUGUGACUUUCCUGGUCAGAAUCCUUAAGCAUAACUUCUGUCUUUUUCUAGGCUGGGGUUCAGAACAAUCCUGACUAUGCAUCCUGUCUGAAAAAAGCCCAUGAAUUCUUGAAAGCCUCUCAGGUAAAGCACUGAUCUUGGAAUAACAUACACAGGGAAUCAAUACUGCUUUCAGCUGUCUCAGCAAAAGAUUUAGGAGUGAAACGCUUGUCUCUUUUUGCAAAGUAACAUGAGCCUCUUUCAUGUGUUACUCAUCAUGAGAAGGAGCUAUUAGGUUAUCAAAGGCAACGGGCCUAUUUGACCUAGAUGUUGAAGGGCAGCUUCCAAGGUUGUAUGGUUUUCCCCAGCCCUGCCUCUGAUAUUCUUGCAUUUAGACAUGGAUGUCUGCAUAGGCAUAGCUUAAUGUGUGGGUGUUGUGGUCAUGAAAUGUUGUGCAACCUUGGAGGCAGAGCCAGAGUGUGGUCCAGCUGCCUCUUGAUCACAUGAGAUUCAUUCAGCUGAAUAAUGUGUCAUGGUGGGACUAUAGAAUAAUACGUUUUUAAUCUGAAGCCCAUGUGAUCCUUGACUGUAAUGUCAAUUUGGUUCUAUAGUGUGGCUUCAGUCCUGUGUAAAACCUUGUCUAUCCACUGCAAUUUACCUCAACCGACACUGUGGGUUGUACGCAGUAUGAAUCCUAUUCAGAGCAAACCCAUUCAGGUUAAUAAACAUGCCCAAUUUGAGUUCAUAAAUUUCAGUGAGUCUGCUUUGAGUAGCGCUGGCACUGAACACAACCCUAUGUGCUGCCAUUGCAUCAGGCUGUAGCCAUAUUCUGUCUUCUAAAUUGCAGACCAUAUUUCUGACUGAGUUAAUUUAUUUUCUAUUGUUUAUUAAUUAUUGCAUACCCAUCUUUUUCUCCGAGGAGCUUACUGAACUUUUCUUCCUCCUUACUGAAUCCGCACAACAACGCUGUGAGGAAUUUUAGGCUGAGAGGAAGUAGGGAUUGGCAUCCUGGUCUCUCAGGUCCAACACUCAAACUGUUAUGCCACACUGGCUUUCUCGGGUUAUAAAUAUAUUCUGAUUGUCUUUUAUUAAUAUGCUGCUAAUCUGUUUUUCAGAUUGUAGAUAACCCACCUAACUACCAGAGAUAUUAUCGCCAGAUGAACAAGGUAAAUCCAGAAUUGUGUCCUGUCUGUGUGAUACAUAGCCAGCAAAAAAAAAGAGUCUUUAAGUUAAGUGUCAAUUCUGAGAACCCAAGGAGCCUGCUGGUUUAGGCCAGGGCCCAUCUAGUCUAGGAUCCUGAAAAAGAAAUAUGGAUCACCCGUCAAAUCCCUGGUUGCUUUAUUGGGAUCUUUUUGGGAGGAGAUGCCUCUACACUGACUGCUGCCCAAGGAGUCCUAAUGUAUUUUCUUCAAUAUCCAGGGUGGAUUCCCCUUCAGCAAUCGAGAGAAUGACUGGAUAGUCAGUGACUGCACUGCUGAGGCAAUGAGGACAUUGAUGCUGCUGGAGGAAAAAUGCCCCUUCAUAGAAGAUCAUGUGGCACCUCAGCGCCUCUUUGAUGCUGUCAAUGUGGUGAGAAGGGGGAAAGCCCAGAAGAGAAAAUGGGAAGCAGGCAGGAGGAAGCUAUUGUGGGAAGACUGAAGUCAUCUAGCAUUCAGUAAUAGUGCUGAGGAGAAUAUUGGUUUUGUAGGACCGUAGGCUAAGAGAAUUGGUGGAAGUGUCCCUAUGGCAGCAUUGUAUCCUCUGUGAAGGAUGAUCAGUCUUGAAGUUUGAGUUCCUUAAGCACAGGUAAAGGGUUGUAAGGUAGCAGGACUGAGAGCAAUCUCCCCCAGUAAGCUGGAUUGAAAGCUCACUGGGUAUUAGGAUUGACAACAGACGGACUACUGAUUUUGUUCAUUGGAAAGUAGCUAUUACAUGCUUACGCUUUACUUAAUCAAUCUGAAGUCAAAUAUGUAAUGAGUUAAUCUCCUUCCAUACAGUGGUAAUUUGGAGUUAAAUCACAUUGAUAGAAAUACGCAAGUUAGCAAAUUUUGUCCUGGAAUCCUCAUCAUAGUCGCAAGGAGCAAUGACACUUUCUAGUGUUUGUUAGGAGAACAGAAUCUUCCCAUCCACUGAGUUCUCCAUUUGCCUAAUAUGGUGAGAGAGGGCCAACUGGCACAACUACAUAUGUACAGAGAACCACUCUCCAUUUGUUUAACUCCACUUGAAGUAAAAAGAUUGGUUUUUCAAGGUGUGAUUUUACACACCCCUAUAAUAUUUGGGACUUUUUAGUUUAGGAAAAAAUCAAGUGAAGUAAGGAUACAGGAGUGGCUGGUGGGGCUGGGCAGGAGCUACCAGCCAUGUGCCUCUGCAGGUAGGACAAAGCACACCAUGCCCAUUCUUAAACCCUUUGCCUUGCUCCUUCCCCAAUCGCACUUGUACUUUUUUUUGCAGAUGCUGAACAUGAGAAAUUCUGAUGGUGGUUUUUCAUCUUAUGAAACCAGGCGUGGGAGUUGGCUACUGGAGAUAAUGAACUCCUCAGAGAUAUAUGGUAAGAACACAGCCUUGGUAUCAGAACAACUUAAAUGGGAAUCUUAUGUGAAUUUCUGGUCAUCUUCACAAGAAAAGUCUGUUUCAUAGUUUUGGGGAUAGAUGCCAAGUCAUGCAAUCACAGCUUUGUAUGUGUGGGAGCUUUGGGAAGGCGGUGCAAGGGUUCUGGCAGCAUCCCAGAGCCUUUGCGCCACGUUUCCCAAAGGUGGGGGAAGCACUUACUGGGCUUUGGGAAGGAGGCAUGAGGGCUCAUGCAGUGCCAUUGACAGUGGCUGCCAAUGAGUCUAUGGACCCAGUUCAACAUAAUUGGUUUUCAACUACACCACAUGGGUCUUGCUUAUUUUAGAAGCCACCUCUCCCAGGAUGACCCUACCACCUCACAGCCUUCAGGGAGGGGACACAUUACUUUGAGGGUAUUCUGUUAUGGACUGCAUGCCAGCAGUGGGUGUGGCCAGAGCCAACUCUUCCUCCUUUUGCCACACCCUUUGCAUGCCCGUUUUGCUGAUUGGCUUUUGGCGGGUGAAGAGCUGGCAUUUGACCUGUUGCUUUUAUAAACUCCCCCCCCCCCCGCUGUUUAAACUGCUAGGUUUUUGCUCCCUUUUAAAGGAUAUAAAUCUGUAAGCCAUCUUGAAAGGUAACAUUAUUGACUUUCUGUUUUUCAGCUGACUGUAUGGUUGACCACACCUAUAUAGAAUGUACUUCAUCAGUUAUGCAGGGAUUGAAACAUUUUAGGAAAAGAUUCCCAAAUCAUCGGGAAGAUGAAAUCAGGUAAAUGUGUGAGGGGAAAUCCCUAGAAGCUGGGAAUGAUGUUAUUGUUACGUUAUAAUACACAUAUUCUAUAUUCUAAAAAACUGUUUAAGGGUACUCUCAUUUCCUUACUCAUAUUGAAAUACUGCCCCUCAGUGAGGCCAAACUUCGAUUCACAAAAUGUUUAGGGGUAUGUGUACCCCUGCGUCCUCCCCAGAAAAAAGCACUGGGAAAAUGUAUAUGUUACAUAGCAUGCAUGUUGUUUCCAACAUGGAAGUGAUACUUUUGUGAGAUGUUCAUCUCAUGUACAGCUGCUGCUGGUGGUUUAGAUAUCCUUAAAGACAGAUGAGGAACACUCUUGAUCUUAUUCAGCAAUCACCUGGUAGGCUGGGAGGACCUACUACUGGGUCACAGCCUGCUCUAAGGUGGGUCACAAUAGCAACACUAACAUUGUUAAAACAUUAAGAAGUGGGCCACUAAAUGCAUGUUUGGGGUGGGUCCAAGUUACGAAAAAGUCGAAGGCUACUUCAGGCGGCUGAAUGCCAUUGUUACAAGGGACUUGGGUUAAUUAUUGUCUGUUUAGCUUGAAAUGUAAGAAGACUCCUUUGUUUUUCUUCUCAGUGAUACUCUAAAUAAGGCUUUGCAGUACUGUCGUAAUAUGCAGAAAGCUGAUGGCUCCUGGUUAGGGUGAGUGGCUUACAAAUAUUCCACACUAAACUUGACUGUGGUACUGGUUGGUGUAGUUUCUGAAUGCAUACAUAGCAUUCUGAAAGUAGGACUUGAAGAGGUUGUUGAUGGGCUGUGGAAACCUUCACCUUUCAAAUGACUUUCCUGCACAACAGUUUGGCAGACUGCUGCCUUGUGUGGAAUGUGACACACCUAGUGGAACUCUUGCCUUUAGUAGCAUCCCUAGGCUGCCUGUUACCUCCAAGAAGGAGAUCUCCAGAGCUUCGUCUGAUUCAUCUGCAUUUGCAGUCUGCAGUUUGUGCUUUCAGUAUUCUGCAAAUAUGAAACAUUUCUGCGAUGAAGGGUAAAACACAUGCACAGAAUGGGAUUUCUCACUUCCCACUGUAGAGGGUUGUGCUGCAGCCUAACUCUGUGCAUGGAAAAGAAAACACAGGAGCAUCCAGCCUCUUUUUAGAGGUAAUGGGAUCCUAAACUGAUGUGUAAAAUGGGCAAUUUCAGAAUAUGACACCUAAGAGGGCAGUUGUGAAUCUUGUUCACCACAAACAACUGAUUGCUAGCAUGUCUAAGGAGUGAUUAGAGACCUGCAGCCUAAAAUGUAGUACCAAUAACCAGGUGUCAGCAGCUUGCUCCACCGUCAGUAAAUCUAUGUCUGUUCUGAGGCAGGAUUUUGUGACCGUUCAACUGAGCAGUCUUUUAACAAUGUAGUUGCAUAAGGUAGUUGCACAAACCUUCACAUUGUCAUUAGGCUUAGAGAGAAAACAUACUGUACUGUUGGUAACACCAUGUACUGAUCCCAUACUGAUCCCUACAUGAUUCAUCAGUAAUAUUCACACCAUGAGAUCUACAGCCACUAAGUAAAAUAACUGGUUAUAUAAAUUAGAUCUAGUUAGAACAAUAGCAAGCAAGGAAAAAUGCACAACUAGUUACAGCAACAAGAGAUUCUGGCUUUGACCAGGAAUUUCACUGCAGGUUUAUGAUGAAUGAACUUGGCUCCAUCCCUCCUUUCACUACUUUGAAGAGAGUCCUGUCUGUAGACGAUAAAACUUUGAAAAACUGCCACCAAGAAGAAACCUUCUCAUCUAGUUGUUCACUGUUUGGUGCAGCUAAUGGAGGGAUAUGAAAGUUUUGGAAGAAAUGCAGAAAAAAAGCAUAGCUGAGAUAGCUCAGAUGAUAGAACAUGGGACUAGAAGGAUUCUUGCAUUGCAGGGGUUGGACUAGAUGACCCUCAUGGUCCCUUCCAACUCUAUGGUUCUAUGAAACAAACAGUGAAUGGAAGGGUAUACUCAAAGGGUGUAGUCUCUCACUUGUCUCAGUAUCUUUCAUUCAGCGGCUGAUGGGUUUUUCUUCCCUGACAGGCGAUGGGGCGUAUGCUUCACAUAUGGCACCUGGUUUGGACUAGAGGCAUUUGCAUGUAUGGGAUACAUCUACCGUGGUGGGUGAGUAAGCAGCCUUUCGGGCAGAAGAUUAGUAUGAAUGUUGCUCUGCUGGGAGCCCUUGAUGGAGCUGAGCUUCAGGGGUGUGAAGCGGAGAGACCGUCAGGCUCCUCCACCCAAAAUAUCAAAUGCAGGGAGUCAUGUGCAUAUAAUAUUGAUGCUUUGGAUGCAGUCAAGGCCAACAGUGGAACAAAACCCAAUGAGGCAUCUCAUGGGCUAUUUCUCUCUCCCCUCUCAUAUUUUCUAGGGAGGCAUGCAAGGAAGUGACCAAAGCCUGUGAAUUCUUAGUCUCCAAGCAAAUGAAAGACGGUGGCUGGGGAGAGGAAUUUGAAUCCUACAGGUUUCGCAAAUAUAUUCAGCACACCGUAUCCCAGAUCCACCAAACCUCCUGGGCUCUGUUGGGGCUGAUGGCUGUUAGGUAAGCACAGAAGAUGGCAGUUACCUACCUUAUCAAAGGCUUCUGUCUGCUUUUGCCCAAGUGGUUUCUGCAGCAGUUAGACAAACCAAUUAAGGCAUGCUAAAGAAACAUGCUAACUUUUGUGAACUUGCAGAGGACAGAAUUUUCCUGCAGCUUCAUAUGUAGAUGUUCCCAGGUGCUUCUUAGUCCAAACAAUUGAAAUAAUGCCAAACAAAGAGGCAGUUAAGGCCGUCUUAAAGACUGGGAUGGAGGCCUCACAAUUUAAUUUCUUUAGCUUCUUCACCUUUUUGAACUUGUGUGAAGGACUCAUGCACUUACAGGUCUUUCCACUAGGGGGACCCAUUGAGUUUCUGUGAGCCCAUGAGGGUUUCUUUCUUUUAAAAAGAAAAUGUAGUCAUAUAAGCUCCCCAGAAGAAAAUGUUAGGCUUUCCCUGCUGAUAACAGAACUAAUGACCAGUAUUUUUGUGGCUUUGCAGAUAUCCUGAUGUUCGGGUUCUGGAAAGAGGAAUACAAGUUUUGAUUGACAGACAGACAUUGAUUGGCGAGUGGCCUCAGGUGUGUUACAACUUUUAAUUUUUUUCUUAAUCAAGUAUCCUCAUAGCAAUAUAAUUUCAAGGUUCACAGAAACAGUAUAUUUCAGCCAGCUAUGAAAUGGAUCAUGUCCUCCAAAUAUACAUAAAAUGAAUGAAUGAACGCAGAGCAUUUCCCACCAAGUACUGAGAGUGGGAGUGGCUAAGUUGUUGCCUUCCAGCCUACACAGGCAAUAGACAGGGAUGAUGGGAGUUGCAAUUCAGCAAUAUUUGGAGGACCAAAGGUUUUCCACCCCUCACUUACUGAAUGAGGCAGAUCAGAAUGUACUCUCAUUGGCAUUGUUGCUGUCAUAAAGAUGCUUCUCAUAGAUGGCUGCAAUGUAUUGUGGACACACAUGGACACUUGUGUGGCAUUGGCAGCUGAGAUCUUACAAGUGCUUCCCAUGUUCUCCCUCUAUUGAACACUCUGAUGUUCCUGUGGGAAGUAUUCUGUUGCCUUAGGCACCCAAGUGAUUCAUGCACCUGUCUUGUUACUGCUGUGGCAUCAAAAUGUGCCCUCAGGAUUGAGUUUGUGUGGUAUCAGAGCACAGGACACAGCUGGCCCUACUGUUAGAUGUGGCAGGUCAGAGGGGUGCUUUUAAAAAGCCAUAGACUGCCAAUUAAUUAUUUUAUUUUUUAAUCAUGGAACCAUUUGGAUAUUCUGCCUGAGAUGCUACAAUGUCUUUAGUCUCCUUUCCUACAUUUUAAUUGGCUCUGGUCUCUGAUUCCUGCUUCCAGAGUCUUGUUUGCCAGCCAAAAGCUCAGUGAUACUGUAUGUGACAGUUGCUCUUAAAAGAGGUUACAAUGAUCAUACAACUGGGUUCUCAGAUGGAAUUUAGUCACCAUGAAGUCAGGACAGAAGACUGCAUGUAGGUUGUUCAGGAAUUUCUCUCUUACCUCUCCUCAGGGUGACAUCGCUACAGCAUUCUACAAAGCUGGUACUCUGCAUUACAAUGCCUACCGAAUCAUCUUCCCUAUCUUUGCACUUGCCCGCUUUACCCGGCUAUAUCCCAGCAGCCCUGUCGCUAAAGAACUCCUGAAGAAUGGAUCUGUGCAUGCAGUGCAGAGUCAGAAUGGAGGGUGCUGAGCAGAGGUGCACUGUCAUUCCUGAGAGCUUGGGUUUCAUCCUUCUCAACAUCACCCAGUGCUUUUCUCUCUUGGCUGAUAUUCCCCUUGUAGCACGAUUGCACUUUGAAAUGUACAAACAUGCCCAAAAGAAAGUGGACAAAGAGGCACGUUAGCUUAAUUUCCUGGUAGCGAUUUGCACCACUUCAAAUCCCUAAAGGUGCCCGCCGAGUCCCAUGGUCACAGGCUUCAUCCGCCUGUGAUUUUGAAGGGGUCCCCGGUUCGCCGUAGCAGAGUACACCCUGUUUACCACGGAGCCAGUCCCUCCAGUUCAGAGGGAGUCCGCCAUUGCCGGUGGCGCCACCCCAGAAGUCCUUUAAUUGGUGGAUUCAGUGGGGAUACCGUUAGGCAACAUUUUGAAGGUACAGGAUAUUCCCCACCCUCCACUGUGAAUGAAGCCCAGCAUCUCUGGGUUAUUUGUGGGGCCUGCCUGGUGUUCGUUCAUUCCCCCCCCAAAAAAAUAUUGUCCAGCCCACCACAUGGUCUGAGGGAUGGUGGACUGGCCCACAGCUGAAAAAGGUUGCUGACCCCUGUGCUAACUAUUUGGCCCCCUUAUUGAAGGAAGGGAUUUAUCGCACUGACUCUUCCAGGGGGUCUUUUCUGCUGAAUAAUUGUAGUGGAGAAUGUGGCAAGAUUUUUGAGUGAUGCCAUGAAAUGACGUUACCAUAGGUCCUAAGAGCCAUUUUUGUACCUCAUGAUGUCUGGACAGUUUUAUGCUAAAGUAUCUCCUACUAUGUUUUGCUCUCUGUGUUGUGUUCUGAUCCAUGUAUACAAUGCACUUUUUCUAUGCCAAUAAAGGAGAUUGAUUGUUUGCAUCAAAAUCCCAAAAAAGUAUACAUGUGCACAGGGAGAAUAGUGAUUCAGAAAUCUGAAAUCAAGUAUUUCAAAGCAAGAGAUAAUCAAUUCCUAGUAGGUUUUCUUAGUAGGUUCAUGGAUGCACAGCGCAGGAUCUCAGCAUGAGACAGUGAUGUUCAAACGGGGAGACAGCCCUGUAGAUCUUUGAAUAAGAUUAAUUCCUCAAAAAAGUAAUGUUUAGACUGCAUUGACAGCACUGAGCAAACGGGAUCCCUGACAGUGAUUAAUAGUGGGAAUACAACGCAUUGCAAACUAACCAGUUUGGCUUUACCCCCAGAUUAAAACAUUCUGGCAUGAAGCAUAUAAUACUGGUUCUAUCAACAUAAUGCAUUUGUCUUGCAAUCACCUCUUAAUCUGAAGCUGUAUGAGUGUAGGAUGGAUUCUCCCAAUACUUAAUAGUGAGCUGAUCUCUAGAAAUGCUUUGUGCUUGAUGCAACUAUGAACAUCCAAAAAAGCUCUUAACAGCAGAGCACUGUGGCAGUGGAGCAAGGGAUAAAGUUACUUGUUCUUCUGGUUUGCUGCGGGGCCAGAUUUCUCAGAUUUUUCUUUUACCCUUGCACUCUCCUAGCCAAGUUUUAAGAUACCGAUAAAUACAUUUUUAUGGCUCUCAAGUGCUUGGCAGCUUGCAGAAAGUGCCAUCACUUCAGAAAGGCACUCUCACAAUUUCUGCAUAUGAUACAAUUCUCUUCCUUCCCUAUGUGGAUAUAGUCUCCAUUUUGGGGAAUCUUCAUGUUAGGUUGUAUAAGCAUUCAUAGUGCACUAGGGUAGAUGGUUCAGAUAGCAUAGCUAAGAGUUCGACCUUGAACAAAUCUAUACACACAUCUUUGGGGGAAGCUAUUUUACUCAUGAUAGAUUUUUAUCUUCAGAAUCAGUCCAUAGGCAUGCUUUUAAUUUAUUACAUUAACACUCCUGAUCCCUAUAAAAUUAUUCUUGCUGUGAUUGGUUAGGUCAGUGUUUAUAUAACCUUAAAGUAUUUUACAGUGGUGCCUCGCAAGACGAAAUUAAUCCGUUCCGUGAGUAUCUUCGUCUUGCGGUUUCUUCGUCUUGCGAAGCAACCCUAUUAGCGGAUUAGCGGAUUAGCGCUAUUAGCGGUUUAGCGGCUAUUAAAGGCUUAGCGGCUUAGCGGAUUAGCUGCUAAAAGGCUAUUAAAGGCUUAGCGGCUUAGAAAAAGGGGGGGGGAAGCGGAAAAAAAAUCUCAAGACUCGCAAGACAUUUUCGUCUUGUGAAGCAAGCCCAUAGGGAAAUUCGUCCUGCGAAGCGCAUUGAAAACGGAAAACCCUUUCGUCUAGCGGGUUUUCCCUCUUGCGAGGCAUUCGUCUUGCGGGGCACCACUGUAUUGGGAGCACGAAUAUUUUAGAAAUUGUGGAAUGUCUGAGGCAGGAACUCUAGCCCAGAGUCCAAGAGUUCAGUGUCCUAUUCAGUGUCCUGUGUGCCUGUCUGGCAGCAUCUAAAAUAUAACCAGAACAAUCCGAGACAGUCUUCUUCAACCCAAGAAGAUGUCUGAUGGGAUGUAAGCACAUUGUGUGCAAUCUAUAUGCUAUAAUGGAUAUGCUAGGCACAGCAAGGUCAGGUGGUACCCGGUGCUGAAAUUUUUUUGUCACCCCCCCCAAAGAACUACUUCCAACCUCCACCAUCAGUUACCUGAUUAUUAUUUAUUUGCUGCAGAUACUGAUACCUAUUUUCAACUUUCCCUCCACCCUCUCAGUUUUGCAAAACGUUUAUCAGUUUUUACAAUUCCUUGUGGAAGUGUUUUAUCAAGCACUUUUCUUUUCUCUGAUUUUGUAUCAUGCACUUGUACAUGCACAUACAAAUUUCAUAGCAGCAUAGAAAGGGGUCACAUGAGCAGAUUUUACAUGUCUUGUAGUCCACUUUUAUGCAUGUCAACUUGAAAAUAAAUUUCACUUAGAUAACGUGGCUUAUUUAUUUAUUUAUUGAAUUUAUAUACCGCCCUAUAUUCUGAUGUCUCAGGGCGGUUCACAGAACAAAAUCACUUCUUGACUUAGUCCCAAGUGUGCAUAAGAUACCAACUUUAAAAUAAAUUUUGGAAAAGCACCAGCAGGACACACCGUGGGGUGGGGGGUGGGAGGUGAAAAACUAGGGGGAGGAGGUGAAAAACUAGGUGAGGAGGAGGUAGGCCUUUCAUAGGGUAUAAGGCUUACAUGCAUGCAUACUAAAGAAGAUUCAGAGCAAGACGCCAAAGCAUGACCAUAAGUAUUCCCGCAGUUUUUUUAUAUUUUUAUUGUGAGCACAUGAGGAACAAGAUUUACCACCACAGCAGGUAAGUCUGUGUGUUCCAGUAGUGGCUGGCACCUGUUGGGACUGAUAGGGUGGAAGGGAGGGAGCCCAGCAGCGCGCGGCACCAGAGCAAAUGACCGGCAGAGCCAACUAAUUCUAGUUCUGCCUUCAUCCUCCUUCCCUGCUGAGUUUUAGCAAUGACAAACCUAGACAGUAUCUUAAAAAGUAGAGACAUCACCUUGCCAACAAAGGUCCGCAUAGUAAAAGCUAUGGUUUUCCCAGUAGUGAUGUAUAGAAGUGAGAGCUGGACCAUAAAGAAGGCUGAUCGCCGAAGAAUUGAUGCUUUUGAAUUGUGGUGCUGGAGGAGACUCUUGAGAGUCCCAUGGACUGCAAGAAGAUCAAACCUAUCCAUUCUGAAGGAAAUCAGCCCUGAGUGCUCACUGGAAGGACAGAUUGUGAAGCUGAGGCUCCAGUACUUUGGCCACCUCAUGAGAAGAGAAGACUCCCUGGAAAAGACCCUGAUGUUGGGAAAGAUGGAGGGCACAAGGAGAAGGGGACGACAGAGGACGAGAUGGUUGGACAGUGUUCUCGAAGCUACCAGCAUGAGUUUGACCAAACUGCGGGAGACCGUGAAAGACAGGAGUGCCUGGCAUGCUCUGGUCCAUGGGGUCAUGAAGAGUCGGACACGACUAAACGACUAAACAACAACAACACAACGAGAGGAAGCUGGCACAACCAAGGCCACCCCCUGCACUGGAUAUUUGUAAGAAGGCAGGCAGGUGGGUGCUGGCUGAUGUUGGUGGAGCACUGUCCCAUUCAACCUGACACAUCAACUUCCAUUGCCAGCGUGUACUUGGUCUCCAGCAAGCAGAAGACCAGUUGAAUGUUCCUCUUCUGCUCCCUCGCCCUCCCCACCACUCCAUUUUGCCUGAGUGGCAGCAGAGAUCAAUCCGCUGGCAAGAGAUGCCCAUGUGUUCUAUGGCACAAAACCACUUUCUUUUGAUCUCUAGAAAUGUACCGGUAACCCAAGGUACCACUGUAGAAAGAAAGACAAGCGUGCAAGGUGAACAGGCCAAUCUACUGGAAAUACUGAAGUACCUAAGCCUGCAAUUCUUACCUUUGGAAAGGGAGUUGGGCUUCAUGGUCUUCUGGUCCCUCCUAUUCUACGGUUUUCUGAUCUGAGAGCUUAGUCAUGUUCUCCUAGAAAACAGCCACUGUCUUGCUCUCGAUGAUCAGUCUUCAAUAUACUGUGCCUGAUACUCAUUUCCACGAUGCACAGAUGAUACAUUUGCACGAGGCAUUUUGAUGUGUGUGAAAAUACAGAGAAAGGCCUCUGACUGAUUGCUGGAUUGCUGGACUGAACUGCUGUGAUCUCCCAUUGAUGUGAAGCAUUGUGAGAUGUUUGCAGCUGUAGAUUUCACUUGAGGAAUCAUGGUGUGGUUGUAAAACAUUAUUUUGGAACGGUCUCUCACAGCUAAACCAUCCAUUACAUCAAACAACUUAUUGUAUUUAGCAUGACUGUUCUUUUAAACCAAAACAACAAGUGCAAUCAGGAUGAGCAUUGUGGUGGCUGGAGAAGAGGAAGUUGCUUCUUUCCCAGCCUGCUGGUAUCUCCAGGCAAAUAUAAGUAGCAGCUGGUAAGGGGCAGCAUUUCAUUGCGAGUACUUCUGUGAGAAGAAGUGUUAAAUGACACCUCCCCAUCUACCAUGGUCCCAAUCCUGACUACCCUUCCCUGUUAUAUUUAUUUUUAAAUGACCGAUCAGCUGCAUUAAAUGUAACAAGACAAAUGUUACAUUUCCAUACCUUGUGUUGUAGAUAGUGUUUUUAGUGUUUGUACAUUUCUCUUAUUUUCCCUAUUUUGUUUUACAGAGCAAGUUCUUUCCAGACUUGCCCAAAGCCAACACGGUUCAGGAAGCACUCCAGAAAGCAAUGACAUUCUUCUCUGGCCUGCAAGCAGAAGAUGGCCACUGGGCCAUGGAGUGCUCUGGUGUCCUCUCCCUUGUGCCAGGUACAGGAACACCAGCAGAUUUACUACUUAUAUAUUAACUGGCUAAGAAGGAACACCUUGUAUAUUUUCUAUAAAGCUAUUUAUCUUUUUUUUUACCGGAUAGACUAGGCACAAAUAGUUGGACAUUUGGAGAAACCCCUGAAACUGCUUAAAACUAGUUUUGACUGUAGCAAGCUGUUCAUCAAAAUAACUACCUUAUCUCACUGGUCCAUUCAACUGGUAGCAACCCUCUGUGGUUUCCACAGCUCUAUGUGGAGAUGCCCAGGAACGAACUUGGGAUUUUCUGCAACAAAGCAAAAGCUAUCACUCUUUCCAAUGAAGGCAGAAUAAUCUAGAAGAAUAGACCUGUGAGUCUUUAGCUAUGAAAGGAAAAAAGAGAUCUUACCUGUGACCUUACAGCUAAAUAGGUUUUCCUCUUCUUGGGUAAGCAGAGAUGUUUAUCUUAUUCAAGCCAGUUCAGACUGCCUUUGGUCACAUUUUUGGAAUAUUCUCGAGUCUCAGAAUUGCCACUAGUUAAUGUUUUAUCCUUUAAACAAAACAAUUCACCCCUGUUUAGGAAAACUAAGCCUUUCUCACAAAGCAGAAUAUAUUUUCAGUACAUUCCGAAUAGGGGGAUAAUCCAUUGAAUUCAUUGGGCAGGAUAUUGUCCAUUGUUGGCAUCACAUAGGGGAUGUGUUUUUUUAAUUUUUACUCUCAAUCUGAAUUAUCUAUUGUUUUUAUGGAUAAUUUUAAUAUUUCUUGUAAACCACUUAGAAGUUUUACUACAUCGAAUUGGUAAACAAACAAAUAAACAAAUAUAUAAAUAUAUAAAUGUGAUUGGCAUGAAGAUUGAGAUGAGAGAGAGGCCUUAUUAGCACGAUUGGAAGCAACUCAAGAAUUGAAACACAGGCAUGUUUUGAAAUUCACUCUUCGCUGAAUUUUGUAGUGUAGUUCUCAUGCCAAGUAAUGUGUCCAGCUGCAUAUUCUAGACUAAGGUGUGCAUAUAAAUGCAUUUAUUCAUGAAAAUAACAUCAAAAAUGCAUAGUAUCAGGACAAUUGCUUUGCAAAAAUGUGUAUAUUAGGAUGGUGAAUUUUCAUGAGGAGUUUUCUUAAAAAUCACAAACUGAUGUGAAAAGGUGAACUGAACUUUGAAAUGAGGAAGUGAGAGGAGCUGAAUUCAGGGUCAGGUUUGUCCUGUGGCAUCUCCUGAUAGGACUGGGUAAGACCUCUCUGAAUCCCCAGAUGGACCAGCAGUUUGAAGGUGCUUCACAGAGAAGCCUGGCACCUGCAGUUCAGUGGUUCACCACACAGGGGAAGUGCAUAUACCUCCAGGCAAUCUCUGUAAGCAGCAUCUCACAUUGAAAAUUGCAGGUACAAAUUAUGCACCUUCAAGUAAAGUGACAGAAGCGAUGAUCUUUUGCCUAAACUUGCUGGAUGAUGAAAUAUUGUUAUCCUUGACCUUUUUCUUCUGUUUCAAGGUGAUAAGAAAACCCAAUAGUGAUACAAAAGCACAAUAUAAUUUUUCAUAUCCAAACAGGUGAUUUAGUGGCAAAUCAAACCAAAGCUGAGAUAGUCAAGUAUUAUAAAUUGUUCUUUUUCUUUUUUUAAUCAAACAGGUCUUUUGAUGGCAUGCUAUAUUGCCAGGAUAUCAUUGCCACAAGAGGUCAAGAGAGAGUUCCUGCACUUUGUUGUUUAGUCGUUUAGUCGUGUCCGACUCUUCGUGACCCCAUGGACCAGAGCAUGCCAAGCACUUCUGUCUUCCACUACCUCCCGCAGUUUGGUCAAACUCAUGCUGGUAGCUCCAAGAACACUAUCCAACCAUCUUGUCCUCUGUUGUCCCCUUCUCCUUGUGCCCUCCAUCUUUCCCAACAUCAGGGUCUUUUCCAGGGAGUCUUCUCUUCUCAUGAGGUGGCCAAAGUAUUGGAGCCUCAGCUUCACAAUCUGUCCUUCCAGUGAGCACUCAGGGCUGAUUUCCUUCAGAAUGGAUAGGUUUGAUCUUCUUGCAGUCCAUGGGACUCUCAAGAGUCUCCUCCAGCACCAUAAUUCAAAAGCAUCAAUUCUUCAGCAUCAGCCUUCUUUAUGGUCCAGCUCUCACUUCCAUACCUCACUACUGGGAAAACCAUAGCUUUAACUAUACGGACCUAUGUCGGCAAGGUGAUGUCUCUGCUUUUUAAGAUGCUAUCUAGGUUUGUCUUUGCUUUUCUCCCAAGAAGCAGGCAUCUUUUAAUUUAGUCUAAUUAAUUCCUGUGCUAUAUCCUCUCAAAACAGCUUCCAGAUGGUGGCUGGGGCCUGUAAGUAGUCCAAGGAGCUUCUCUAGACUGGCCUGGGGAGAGAUGCUCUAAUUCUGCAUAUCUUUGUCUUGGGCUGGUCCAUGAUGCAAUUCCACGGGAAGGCUUCUUUAAAUCACUUCUGCAUUCUGUUCUCUUUUGACUGUGAGCCUUUCAUUUGCAAUACUCACCAUGUGGACUGGGCAGCAGGGUAGAUGACCAGAAUGCAAGCUGGGCUCAGCCUGUACAGCUGUGGCAGAGAAAAAUAAAAUUGUGGCAUGAGGGGUGGAGAUAGGCAGCAAUAAUGAAGACAUGAUAUCGGACUUCACUAUUGCCUUUGAAAACCACCAUCUGUAGGAAGUACUAAAAUUGAUAAAUCGUCUGGUGAAGCCAGGCUGGCAUCAUCCAAAUGUAUCCUGUCAAACCAAUAGCAAACCACAAAAUAGUUCGCAGUUUGCAUUAAGGUAAUAUAUCAGAAGAAUGGAAACUAAACAAUUCAAAGAGAUUUCUCGACAUCUGGAGUCACUGGUCUAUUUUCUAAUGGCUCUUUGAUCUCUCUUUAUGGUAGCCAUCUUACAGAACAGUCAACAGUAUUGGGCACAACCUUCAGCUAUAUAGCUAUGCAAAUCCUUGGACUUGGGCCUGACCAUCCAGAUGUAGUGCGGGCUCAGAUAAAUCUCCAUAAGAAUGGUAAGGCAGAAAUCUCCAGCAGGGCUUGGUCAAUCCAUACGCUGGAGAGCAGGCCCAGAAAAAGCUGGGGGGUUCUGAUGUUGUACAGUUAUUCGGGAACACCUCUCUAUUCUUCCUUCUUUCCUUCCUUUGUGGGCCCUUUUUGAAAUCUCCAUAGAAACAAUACACUGAGCAUAGUUGAAGGCUGUGCAACUGCUACUAGAUUUGCCCUCCAAUGUGUGGGGUGUGGCCAGGCAACGAGGGUGUGACAGGGCAGGGCUGUAAAAAUGUGGUUACAAAGCACGGAUCCACAUGGAUCCUCAGGAUUUUUGCAUUGGGUCACCCCAAACUCACCAUCAAAUCACAUGUCUGUGGCCACAGCAUGAACCACAAAAAUCAUACAUCCACUGUUUCGUUCAGAAUAUUUUUUUUCUUGUUUUCCUCCUCUAAAAACUAGGUGUGUCUUAUGGUCAGGUCCGUCUUGUGGAGCGAAAAAUACGGUAUAUCUCUUUUUCAUUAAGUGAAAAAUAUGGGGUGAUGGUGGUGAUUUUCUUCUAAAUGGAAGAGCACAUCCUCAGGUUGCUACAAUUAAGUUGAAUGAUAUCCAAAAUCAGGUUAUAAGGAUAUAAGUAUCAAUAUAUGGCCACAUUAAGUUUUAUUAUAUUUUAUGGCUGGUGGUUAACUACUUAUAUGAAGAAGUGACUGGAGAAAUGUGAGGGCUAUUGAUAUACUAAUGAUACCUCUUUGAUAUGUGCAAACACGCCCCAAAAGGAACAGGACGAAGAGGCACAUUUACUUAAUUUCCUGGCAGGUAUUCACACCACUUCAAAUCCUUUCUUGGAAAAUGGAAAUUUGGCAGAAAUCUAAGAAAGGCUUUGUUCGCUGAGUGGUUCUUGACCAUGACCCUCCCCCAGCGCAACACAAAAUAUAGCUUAAAUUUGUGUGCUUGAGGAGGAAUGACAGAGGGUAUGCAACAUUCAAGAGAUGUGGAUUCAGUGGCGAAGGCUGCACAUGCUAGGCAAUAAUUUGGGAGGACAGGAUACUCCCCACCCUGAAUGAAGCCCAGCACAGGGGAAGCUCUUGGAAUGACUUUCAAAGAUCAGCAGUUAGGACAGUCCCUGUCUGGAGAAAAGACAUCACACACAAGGAAAGGAAGGUAAGAAGAGAGGAUGAUAUUUAUUUUAUUAUGCAUUCACAUAUAGCUUGUUUACAUCUGUUGCACUGACUAUCACUAUGCUUUGGGGCCCAUUUAGGUGCUAUCUGUGAUCUUUAAAGCUUUACAUGAUCUGGGAUCCAUAUAACUAAAGGACUGGCAGUCCUUUUAUAUGGCUGUGUACCAAAGUAAAAAAUCUUGCUCUUUCAGUAGCUCCAUUUGAUACUUUCAGUUGGCUUGCUGCUUGUCUCUCUGUUGUCAACAACUUUCUGGUUCUAAACCUUUUCCCACUGAAGUCUGUCACACUGUUGUUCUCCAUGCUGGCGAUUCUUCUCCAAAGCUUGCUUCACUAUUACUUGCACAAUACAGUAUACAUUUUUCAAAACCUGAUCAGCCAUAUAUUUCAGGUUUGUUUUUUUGUUAUCUGAUCAAGCAUAAUAGCACUGAGAUUUUUUUCUUCAAAUUGAGGAAGCCUGGUAGCUGUAGGAUAGAGUUAGUUUUGGUAAUAUGGGGAAGUUUUACUAGUUCCUUCUGUUUCUUUCUUCCUUAAGCACUGGGUGGUUUCCUCAGGGCAACAACAUGGGGGUGCGGGAAGGUCGUGGAUGGUAGCAAAAUUGACCUUCCUUCACUGAGUGGGCAUUCUCAGGCUAUCCUAGGGUAAGUGUGGCAAAUUCAGUUAUGUGCAGUCAUUAGGGCUAUUGUUUUUGUUCCAAUGUGCUUCAUUUUACAUCAAGGGUUGACAACAUUUUGGGGCUUGUAAUCACUUUUGAAUUUUGAAAGCUUGUCAUGGGUACCACUCUCCCUGAUUGCUUCUCCCUUCACCAGUCAUUCCACUUCCCAAAGACAAGGCUCAGGUUAAUUUGCUGCUGGUUAACCAUGAGACGGUGAUGUUCAAAUGGUGACUCAACCAGUGGCGUAGCGUGGGGGGUGCAGGGGGGCCGGCCGCACCGGGCGCUGUUGAUUUAAGCAGAGUCUGUCGUGCCCAGCGGAAGGAUGAGAAUACGUGCUGCAUACUCUUUAUUGCUUUAUUUACAGUUCAAAGCUGGUAUAUUACAGAAAGACAUCUUGCCUCUGCAGGAGCAGAAAAAUGCAUCCUCUCUCCUCGACAGCUCGGAGAGAAUCACACAGUGAAAAACAGGAAACCAGUGUACGUCACAUCCAGUCUCCCUUUCCCGUGAGAAACUCCAACAGUACAGACUGUGGAAUGUAAACACCUGUCUCAUGACAAGCAGAGCUGCACAGUGAAGGAAAGCAGAAACUAACAUCCUCCCCUUUCUGUGAACAUCACUGGGCAGCGUGUUUGCACAAUAUCAGUACAAACCCAACUUCUGCACAUAGGUACAGUGUUGAUCCCUCGAUACAAUCUUGGACAAUACAUCAGCAGGAAUUUCAUUACCUGGCAUAUAGGACACCGUUACGAGUCCCUUCUGAAUACAUUCCCUAGCAUGCUGCAAUUUUAAUUGCAAGUGCUUUGUGCUUUGCUUACAACCUUCAGACUUCAGCAAAGCCAAACAUGCUUUGUUGUCCUGGUAAACCUGGAUUGGACAUUUGACAGGAAUUUUCAUAUCUUCGCACAAUUGUACUAACCAUUCACAAUCCUUAAGUGAAUAAGACAGUGCAUUCAGUUCAGCUUCACAAGUACUUAAGCUAACUGUUGUUUGCUUCUUGCAUGACCAAUCAAAAAGACCCUGAUUGUACAUGUAGCAAACUCCAGACGUACUUUUCCUGUCUGUAGCGUCACUUCCAAAACUUGCAUCUGCAAAUAUCUCAAGACCACCAGACUUCUGAUUGUUAAAUCUCAGUCUGUAAUGCAUAGUGCCUUUCAAAUACCGCGCUAUGCGUUUCAGAGCUUUCAAUCCUUGACACUAGGAUUGUUGACUUGUCUGCUUAGCAAAUUACAGCUAACAGCAAUGUCUGGUCUUGAACAUCUGGCAAUGAAGUUUAGUUUGCCUAGCACACUCCUGUACAGUGUAGUGUCAGAAAAUGCUUCUUCAGUGUCAUCUACCUGAUAACCUGUUGUCAUCGGUGUGUCUACAGGGUUAGCAUCCAUCAGAUUUAGUUUGCUUAACACAUCAGCAAUUUUCUGUGACUGGUGUACUAGAAUGUUACCAUCUUGAUCUCUCUCUAUUUCCAGAGAUAGGUAGUUAUUUACCUCACCAAGAUCUUUCAUGUCAAAGUGCUCUUUCAGUUGAGCUAGGGCGCUAUUGUACAUUGCAACAUCUUUCCAAAAGAAUAAUAAAUCAUCAACAUAAAACAAACAGUACAGUUUCUUUUGCCCCUCCUCUUUGACAAAUACACAUGGAUCAGCUUUCCCUUGCUGAAAACCUAGAGAAAACAAUACUUCAGUGAGUUUGUGUGCCAACACCGUGCACUUUGUUUGAGACCAUAAAGGGAUUUCUUCAGAGCACAAACAAAUCCCUGUUUUACCUGUACGCCAUCAGGUGGAAGCAUAUAAAGUGAUUCAUCUAGAGAUCCGUACAGAAAAGCUGUAUUAAUAUCAUGGUGACUAAUGUGUAGAUUUUCCUCUGCAGCUAGCUUGAGCAUAAGCCUAAUGCUUUCAUAUCUCACUGUGGGUGAAUAGGUCUCGUGAUAGUCUUCACCUGGUACCUGUGCAAAACCUCUGGCUACCAAUCUGGCUUUGUGUCUGACUAUCUUGCCAUUUUGAUCUGUCUUCGCUUUGAAGACCCAUUUGCUUCAAAGCAGUUUCAUUCCUGGAACUACUGGAACUAGCUCCCAUGUUUUGUUCCUUUCUAAGGAAUCAAGCUCAGCCUUCAUGGCAUUUAACCAUGGCUCAGCUUCCUUUGAAUCCAAACCCUGGAUUUCUUGGAAACUUGAAGGUUCAAAUACCUUCUUGGAGCUUUUAACAGCUGUUACUGCUAUCGUAGCAAACUCAUCAGCAAAUCUCUUUGGAGGUUUGCUUUUGUGGCUCUCUGUGACCUACGAAUUAGCCUUAAGUCUUCAACACUCUCCUCUUCCUUCUUAGGAGAAAAACGACCUAUUGUGAACAAUGGUUCCUCCAAUUCUUGAUCAGAGCUUUCAGAGGGUCGCAUAGAGGCUUUCGCACUCUCGAAAUCCUCUGAAUCACCCGAUUCAGUUUCAGAUUCAGACUCAGAACCUUCAUCAGUGGGUGUGGGCUGUUGUGGUUGCUUUGACUAUCCUCAGUCUCAUCACCGUCAUCAGGAUAACAUUGGAAAAUUCCCACAUUCUCCCCCACUUUGCAUUGUACUCAACACUUCUCGUGAGCUUAAUUGUCUUAGAGUCAGUCAUCAUUAUUCUGUAAGACCCUUUCUGAUAACCUAGAAAGAUACCAUGCAAUCCACGCUUGUCUAACUUGGAGUUUUGUGGUGAGCGAACCCACAUGUCAGAACCAAAAAUCUUCAUGUGUUUGAUGUAUGGCUUCUUGCCAAACAUCUUCUCAUAGGGUUUACAACCAAUCGCUGAAGAUAAUCUGCGAUUGUAACUGUAAACAAAACACGAGAGAGAUUCGGCCCAAUAACUCUCUGGAAGAUUGGCAUCAUGCAGCAAGGUUUUUAACCCUUGAAGCAAUGUCUGAUUUGCCCGUUCCGCAAGUCCAUUCUGCCAUGGCGAGCGAGGACUAGACAAAUCGUGUUGAAUUCCUUUCUCAGUCAGAAAAGCUUCAAACUGCUGAGAAGUGAAUUCCCCCAGCGAUCACUGAAAAGAGUCUUUAUCUUCUUACCAUGCACAUUUUCCAACCAAGCACAGAAUUCCUUGAACCUAGGAAAAGCCUCCGAUUUCUGCUUGAGAUUGUACACAAAAAUAUAUCUAGAAAAUGCAUCAAUGAGAACCAUGAAGUAUCUAUUUCCACCCAAAGAGGGCGCUAGUGGUCCAACCAAAUCAGCAUGAACAACCUGGUAUGGUUCUGUAGCUUUCCUACUAGACACCUUACCUUUCGCAGCCAUUUUCACCUUGUUUGCUGCGCAUGCUUUGCACUUCAUGUGGUACCUGCAGGGUUUAAUAGUCAUACCUUCAACCAAGGCAGGCAUUUUAGAUACUGCCUCAAAAUGCAAAUGACCAAAUUUUCGAUGAAAAUCGUGAAUACAUUCUGCAUGCAAACUUUUGUUAGAACCUGCAAUGCAACAAGUGUCAUCCUGCACCACAUCAUCAUAAUACAAAACAAACAAAUGAUCAACAUAUUCUGCAUGCAAUACAUAAUCAUUUUUCUUUGUGAUGAUGCACUUCUUGUUCUUGAAGGAAACGUCAAUGUUCCGCUCAUUCAGCUGUCCAACGCUGAGCAGAUUAUGUUUGGCGUCUGGCACGUAAAGCACAUUCUGUAUCGAUAAGUCCAAACUGUGAAGAACAACAGUUCCGUAGCCUUUACUGGGAAUAGUGUGGUCAUCCGCCUGGUGAAUCGCACCUUCCUGCGGUGUAAAAGACACAAACAGUUUCUUAUCGUUGCACAUGUGGUGGGUGGCCGCUGAAUCAACAACGAAGAAAGAUCUAGACGUCUUCUGGACCUCUGCAACCUUUGGAGUGAAGCGUGAAACCAUAGCCUUGUGCUGCGUUGUCCUAGACACCGGACCUUUGCCUUUGCCUCGGCCUUUUCCGCGCGAUGAGCUUUCGCCGCGCUGCUCUGUCUUGGCCCUGGGAUGUCUGCAUUCCCUCUUCAUAUGGCCUAGACGUCCACACGAGUAGCAUUUCACUGCCUUCAAAGCUUUGGCGCCAUCUGGUGGUUCCACUGCACUAUGGGAUGACGUCUGUGAAGACUCCCCUUGCCCAUGCAGCUAGCACCCCGGCGAUCUGCUUCAUUUAAAAUCACGGCAGUAACAAAGUCCACUGUCAGCUGAGCAGUUGGUUGCACAGCAAUCUGGGUUGCAACAGACUCCCAACCUGAACCCAAAGAUUGUAGUAUCAUGAAAGAAUACACAGCCUCUGGAAAGUUGAGUCCUCUCUGUUGCAGCUCAUGUCUCAGAUUUUGCAUCUCCAUUAGAUGUAAACGCACAUCUCCACCUUCAGCAAGAGCCAUAUUAUGCAGCUUGUUAAAGUAAAACAUGGUGGAUCCAGCUUCUGUCCUUAAGUGAGCCUCUCUCAGAGCGUCCCAAAUUUCUCUGGCUGAGGUCUUAUCACGCAAUAGACAGAGCUCUUCUGGGGAUACUAUCAAUGUAAGAGUUCCCCUUGCUUUGGAAUCCUUAGCUUCCCAUGCAUCUGUAACUGGAACUGGGGGUUCCUGUAAUCACCUCAAACAAACCCUCUUUCCGCAGAAUUGCCUCUGCAUACUGAACCCAGUCGCUGUAAUUUUUCUUGUUGAGCUUAGGAAUCCCACAAGCAUCCUGAAGGGCCAUCAUGACUCUGGCAUUCGCCUUCAACGUCAUAUGCUGCUUUAAAUCUUGCUGCGUCACUGCUGCAGCUGCUUUAUUACAAAGGCACACUUAAAAGUUACUUUCGAUUUCCCCAGCAUAGUGACUUGUGCCUGGGAGCCUUUUGCCUAUUCCCGGCAAAACCGGCUUUAAAAGUUCAAAGUCCAGCCAUAAAGCCAUUAACUUGAAGCUGGCAGGCUGCCCGGAGCAGUAGCACAUACCUCAUCAAUCACUUCUACGCGCAGAGCAGAUUCCUUUCCGAUCCGUCCCUCUGCAUUCCGAUCCUUUGCCGGCACUCCGAUUCGACCUCUGGAGCCCAUAACCACGUGUUGAUUUAAGCAGAGUCUGUCGUGCCCAGCGGAAGGAUGAGAAUACGUGCUGCAUACUCUUUAUUGCUUUAUUUACAGUUCAAAGCUGGUAUAUUACAGAAAGACAUCUUGCCUCUGCAGGAGCAGAAAAAUGCAUCCUCUCUCCUCGACAGCUCGGAGAGAAUCACACAGUGAAAAACAGGAAACCAGUGUACGUCACAUCCAGUCUCCCUUUCCCGUGAGAAACUCCAACAGUACAGACUGUGGAAUGUAAACACCUGUCUCAUGACAAGCAGAGCUGCACAGUGAAGGAAAGCAGAAACUAACAGGCGCAACAUCUGGGGGGGGGGCGCUCACACUCACAGCUCUCUGCCCCUACCUGGCUCACUCACUCUCUCUCACUGCAGUGCUGGCUGUGCGAAUCCGAUCCAAGCCGCUGGGUCGCCACCCACUGUGGAGGGGGUGGGUGCCAGGUGUGCGGUGCGGAGAGAGAGCGAGGGACUAUCUGGGGGAGGGACAGUGCAGCGGCCGCCCAGCGCAGCGCUGAGCGCUGGAGAGAACCACACCAGACCAGACCAGACCAGGCAGCAGCAAGAAGAAGCUGGCAGCGGCAGCAGGUUAGGGGUUAGGGGGCGCAAAUUACUUGCCUUGCCCCGGGUGCUGACAACCCACGCUACGCUGCUGGACUCAAUCCUGUAGAUCUUUGACUAAGAUUAAUUCCUCAAAAGAGUAAUGUUUAGACUGUAUUGACAGCGCAGGGGCAAUGGGAUUUCUGAGAGUGAUUGAUCCUGGGAAUACAACACAUUGCAAACCAACCAGCUCGUCUUUACCCCUGAAUUAAAGCAUUCUGGCAUGAAGGAGAUAAAACCGGUUCUAUCAACCUAAUACAUUUAUCUUUCAAUCAUCUCUUAAUCUGAGGCUGUAAAACUUUGGGUGGAUUCUUUAGUGAUCUGAUAUUUAUAAAUGCUUUGGUGGUUGAUGCAACUGCGGACAUCAAAAAAAGCUCUUAACAGCAAAGCACUGUGGCAGUGGAGCAAAGGAUAAAGUUAUCUGUUCUUCUUAUUUGCCCCUGGGCCAGAUUUUCUAGAUUUUUCUUUUACCCUUGCACUCUCAACCAGGUUUUCCUAGAUCUCAGAUGCAUGGCAGCUUGCAGAAAGCAUCAUCACUGAAAAAGAGGCACUUUCACAAUUUCUACAUAUGAUAUAAUUUGAUUCCUUCCCAUAUGUGGAUGUUGUCUUCAUUUUUUGGAAAUCUUCAUGUUAUGCUGUAUUAGCAUCCAUAGGGCAUUAGGGUAGAAGGAUCAGAUAGCAUAGCUAAGAGUCUGGCUUUGAAGAAAUUUCAGCACACAUCCUUUGGGGAAGUUACUUUACUCAUGAUAGAUUUUUAUCUCCAGAAAAAGUCUGUGCAAUGCAUCAAGGAUAGCCCUGCCAUACACUGACCUUUGUUAUUGUGGGCGUGCCUUUCACUGAUUACAUUAACACUCCUGAUCCCACCCUGUAAAAUUAUUCUUGCUGUGAUUGGUUAGGUCAGUCUUUAUAUAGCCUUCAAGUAUUUUAUUGGGAGCAUGAAUAUUUUAGAAACUGUGGAACCUCUGAGGCAGGAACUCUAGCCCAGAGUCCAAGAGUUCAGUGUCCUAUUCAGUGUCCUGUGUACCUGAAGCCUUGCACCAUCUAAAAUAUAACCAGAACAAUCUGAGGCAGUUUCAUCAACCCAAGAAGAUGUCUGAUGGGACGUAAGUACAUUGUGUGCAAUCUAUAUGCUUUGAAUUAGGAUGAUGGUUAAAUAAAAUAACAAAGUGUGCCAGUUGCUUGACUUAAUUCAUAUUGAUUAAGCAAGCUUUAUUACAGGAGAAGUUCACAGAAAUAAGAUGGGAAGGGCAAUUAACUUGAUGUAUUAAGUAAUAAAAAGGCAACAUUUUGGCUUUUCUUCAUUCAGAAAUACUGUGGAAAAUAGAACAGAAGUUUUGUAUUGUGAUUAGGAACAGAAAUGAAAAUUGGUGUAAAGAAGUUUCAUAAGUUAUAAUAACUUUGAAGAAAAAGAUUUGCAGUUGAGAAAUGACAUGAAACUAGAUGUGUUGAUGAUGUUAAACUUAGCAAACCCAAUUUGAUAAAUGAUGGGAAUAACUAGAAGAUGGGCAAAAUAUCUGGCUGCAUAUAAAUUAAUUACUAAAGCAGAGUGCAGCACAGUACAUACAUAUUAACUCUCUUUGGAACUGAAUCAGUGGUCCUUAUUAUUUGUCAAUUAUUGAUGUCUAAAACAGUUCAAUUAGUGGAGGCCUAUAAUAGGCCAAUUAUGAGAAAAUCACCCCUAAAUUUUAAACAUGGAAUAGUCUACUAGGACAAUCCUAUGCAUGCUUACUCAGAAGUAAGUACCACUGUUUCACUGGGGCUUUUCUCCAGGAAAGGUAUACAAGAGAUUCCACCAAAGAGAUAAUGUGAAAGACAGGCACUUGAAAAUUCAUCAUUACCAAGUUAGAAGAGAUAUUGUAAAAUAACUAAGAGAAGUUGGGGGGGGCAGUUUUAGGAGCAGACUUGGGGAAAUGAACAUAGGUGGACAGACUGGAAAUUAAAGGUGUGGUCCUAUGCCCAAUUAUCUGAAAGUAAGUCAUGUUGAUCAAUCUGGGACUUCCAUACUUAAGAACCCUAAAAUGAUCUCUGUCAUUGGAAUGAAGCAGGAUAUAAAAGAAACUCAUAAGCAACCGCUUUCUGCUCUGAACAACUGGGACAAAAAUAUGGUUGUAGAGAAUAGGAAGUGUUUCCAUAAUGAGCUAGUUAGAAAAAGCAAAGGAUCUAUUGGUGGUAUAUGAAUAUGCCAUACUCAGAGUAGACUCACUGAAAUCAGUGGACAAAUUAGUCAUGAAUAGACCCACUGAAAUCAAUAGACAAGUCUGUCCCUCACUUCUGGCUGGAAGGACCACAAAAUUGGUUUCAGAAUAAUUUCCUGUGGUAGGAUAACAAACUGAAAAUCUGCCUGCAUGUUUCAAACUCCCCACCCCCUCUGUGUUCUUUGGCAGACGCCUGCGCAGAAGAAAAGGUGCACAUGAAAUAGAACCCAAAACUGAUCUGACUCGCUGGCGAUUCAGCUCUGUGGAAGGGCGGCAUAGAUGGUACUACGUGGCAGACAGUGAAGAAUGUGUCCGUGAACAGAAUGCACUCGAGGCUUACACUUUAGGGCUGGACACUGUAAGUGGCUUAAUGAUAACAGAUGGUACAACACUGAAAGGCUACGAAAGGAGCACAGGGCAUGAGGACUGCUGGCUUGGCCCUGCCUAGCAGCAGUUUCCCAAGGGCUGGGUCAUUUUUCUUUUGGGUUCUCAUCUUCUGACACGUCAGUUAGGAGCACAGGAAGCUUGGUUAUUGCAAUCAUAGAAUUGUGGAAGGGAUCAUGAGGGUCACCUAGUCCAACUGCCUGCCACUUGGUGCUGUACAACUGCAACUUGAUAAUGUCAGGGUUGAAUAUAAAACCCUACUUGAAAGAAAGACAACCUUGAAUAAGAUGAAUAUGCCGAUCUACUGGAAAUACUGAAAUACAUAACUUGGUUAUCACUUUCUACAAGGUAGCUGCUCUGUGCUUGAUACCUAGAAAGCUGAGUGAGUUCAUCUGCAAGCCAGAGUCAGUGUAGGGUUCUUACUUGUGCAAAGGAAGUUGGACUACAUGAUCUUCUGGUCCCUUAUAUUCUAUGGUUCUCUGAUCUAAGAGCUCAGAGAUGUUCUCUAGAAUGAUUAUUCUUCAGUAUACUGAUAAUCAUUUCCAUGAUGCACAUAUGGUGCAUUUGCAUGAGGGACUUUAUGUGUGUGAAAAUACUGAGGCACAUGCAUCCUCUAUGCAGUUUGUUUAGAGAAAGACUCCUGGAUUUCUGAACAGCUGUGAUCUCCCACUGAUGUGAAGCAUUGUGAGAUGUUUGCAGAUGUUGAUUUCACUUUCCGGAAUCACGGUGUGAUUGUAAAACUUUAUUUUGGAAUGGUUUGUCAGGAGCAAACCAUCCAUUAUAUUAAACAACUUUUUGUAUUUAACACUACUGUUGUUCAACUAGAUGAGGACCCAGUCAGGAUGGGGAUUGUGGUGGGUGGGAAGGAGGGAGUUUGCCUUUCCCCGCCUGCUGGUGUCCCCAGGCACAUACAAAUAGCAGCUGGCGAGGGGCGGGGGGAUUUCAUUGAGACUACUGCUGAGAGGGGAAGUAUUAAAUGACACUUCCCCAUCUGCCAUGGUCCCUAUCCUGACUACCUUCCUCUGCUAUAUUUAUUUUCAAAUGACCCAACAGUUGCAUUAUAUGUAGCAGGACAUUUAACACUAUGCAUACUUUGUACUGUAGCCAGACUUUUAAAUUUCUGUACUUUUCUCUUACUUCCCCCAUUUUGUUUUACAGAGUAAGUUCUUUCCAGACUUGCCCAAAGCCAAUACGGCCCAGGAAGCAGUCCAGAAAGCAAUUAAAUUCUUCUCUGGCCUGCAAGCGGAAGAUGGCCAUUGGGCUAUGGAGUGCUCUGGUGUCGUUGCUCUUGGACCAGGUAUAGGGACGCUAACAGACUUACCACAAAUACAUUAACGGGCCUCCCUGUAUAUUUUCUAUAAAUCUAUUUCUUUUUUUACCAGAUAGGCUAGGCACAAAUAGGUGGACAUUUCGAGAAACCUCUGAAACUGCUUAAAUCAGUUGUCUUUCCUUUGCCUGUACAAAGCUGUUCAUCAUAAUAACAUAGGAAGCUGCCCUAUCCCACUGGCACAUCUAUCUCAACACUGACCAGGUAGCAACCCUCUGUGAUUUCCCCAGCUCUAUGCCCAGGAUCCAACUUGGGAUUUUCUGCCACAAAGCAAAAGCUAUUGCUCUUUCCAAUGAAGUCAGAAUAAUCUAGAAUAAUGGACCUGUAAGCCUUUAGUAUGAAAGGAACAAAGAGCGCUCACCUUUCAGAAACAGCAUGAGAACUGAAACACAGGCAUCCAUUGACAUUUGCUAUUCACUGAAUUUUGUAGUGCAGUUCUCCAGUCACAUAAUGUGUAGAUUGGCAUAUACUAGAGUAAGAACAACAGCAGAAACAACAAUAAUAGCUUUGCACAAAUUUGUAUAUUGGGAUGAUGAAUUUUCAUUAGAACUAAAAUGAAAAUGAAAAUCACAAACUCAUGCGAAAAAGUGAACCAAACUUGGAAAUGAAGUGAGAGAAGCUGAAUUCAGUUCAGUCCCUGCAUGCAGAAGGUCCUAGGCUUGUCCUCUGGCAUCACCUGAUAGGAGACCCCAGCAGUUUGAAGAAAAUUCACUGAGAAUCCUGCUGCCUGUUGUUCAAUGGUUCGCCACACAGGGGAUGUGGAUACAGCUCCAGGCAAUCACUGUAAACAGCAUCCAACAUUGAAUAGUUCAGAAUGAAAUCAUGCACCUUUUAGUAAGGAGGCAGAAGUGAUGAUCUUUUGCCUAAACUUGCUAGAUAAUUAAAUCUUGUUAUGUUUGACCUUUUUCUUCUGUUUCAAGAUAGGAAAAAAAAACCCCAUCUACCAGGGGUACAAAAGCACAAAUUACAUUUUGAUAUCCCAUCAGGUGGUAUCCAAACAAAUCAAACCAAAAUUGAGAUAGUCAAGUAUUAUACAUUGUUAUCUUUUUUGAAAAAUCAAACAGCUUUUUUGAUGUCAUGCUAUGCUGCCAAGAUCUCACUGCCAGAAGAGGCCGAGAGAGAGCUCCUGCGUUACAUCCUCUCAAAACAGCUUCCAGAUGGUGGCUGGAAUUUGUGAGUAGUCCAAGGAGGGUGUGAUGUUCUAAUUCUGCAUAUCUUUGUCUUGGGCUGGUCCAUGAUGCAAUUCCCCCAUGAAGGCUUCUUUAAAUCACUUCUGCAUUCUGCUGUCUUUUGACUAUGAGCAAUACUCACCAUGUGGACUGGGCAGCAGGGCAGAUGACCAGAAUGCCAGCUGGCCUCAGCAUGUACUGAAGCUGCCCAGCUGUGGCAGAGAAAAAUAGAAUUGUGGCAUGAGGGGUGGAGAGAGGCAACAAUAAUGAAGACAUGAUUGUGACGUUAACAUAUGAGAGAGUGCUGGAGGUGAAAUAGUUAAACAGGUUACCCAAUCAGGACCCAGGGGGGUGGAGUCAGAGGGACUAUAAAACCAGCUCUGGGAGGGGCAAAGAGGGGAGUUUGUUGGGAGUUGGGUGGUUGGUUGGAGUGGGAGUGAAUUGGGCUAGAGUUUGUGGGUAGGUUGAGUUAGUGUUACGAAAUAAGCUGAGUCAGGAAUACUUAGGGGCUAGGAAGACAAGUAAAUAUCUGAGAGGUGGUUUAGUGAGUGGGAGCAGGUAGCGGAAGUUAUAGGUCUGGAUAGGCACCCCAUGUUUGUAAUUGACUGAUACCGUUUAUUAAACCACAUGCUUGUUAAACUGCAAUAAAUAAACAAAAGUUUAUGUUCCAAUUUAACCCUGACUGGGCUCAGUAUUGCACCAGGUAGGGCCUGGGUGGUGGCAGCGGGAAAUAAAGUGGUGGCACAGGGAUCAAUAGACGGUGAAACGUCCGGGGACCCUGUGUGAUUGCCACAAUGAUAUCUGACAUCACUCUUGCCUUUGAAAAGCACCAUCUCUAGGAAGUAUUACAAGUGAUAAUGGUCUGGUGAAGCCAGGUUGCCUCCAUCCAAAUGUAUCCCGUCAAACCAAUAGCAAACCACAAAAUAGUUUGGGGUUUGACUCAGCUUUGAAUCUGAAUUCAGUAUCUACAUUCUCAUUGACCAAGAUCAGCUUUAUUUAUCUGGAAUGGAAUUUCAACUGGUAUUCUGGCUGUAUGAGCUGCUCUCAAGCCCAUGCUGUCUCCUGAAAAGAAACAUUUCAAAGCACUACAUGUCCUUCAUUAAGGCAUUACUUUUUUCAAAAAAGGAAAUAGAAAACAAAAGUAGGUCUUCUGUGGUAUCCCGGCUAAUGGCUAGCUAACUGGGUAUUCUUGGAGUACAGUGGUACCUCGGGUUAAGUACUUAAUUCGUUCUGGAGGUCCGUUCUUAACCUGAAACUGUUCUUAACCUGAAGCACCACUUUAGCUAAUGGGGCUUCCCACUGCUGCCACGCCACCGGAGCACAAUUUCUGUUCUUAUCCUGAAGCAAAGUUCUUAACCUGAAGCACUAUUUCUGGGAUAGCGGAGUCUGUAACCUGAAGCGUAUGUAACCCAAGGUACCACUGUAUUCUGACAAGUUCUCAGAGAAGUUUUUGAAUUUAAGUUAAUGCACCAGAAGAAUGGAAACUAAACAAUUCAAACAGCUUCUUAGACAUCCAAACACUCUGGUGUACUUUCUAAUGGCUCUUUGAUCUCUCUUUAUGGUAGCCAUCUUACAGAACAGUCAACAGUAUUUGGCACAGCCUUUAGCUACAUAGCUAUGCGAAUCCUUGGACUUGGGCCUGACCAUCCAGAUGUAGUGCGGGCUCGGAUAAAUCUCCACAAGAAAGGUAAGGCAGAAAUCUCCGCCAGGGCUGGAUCAAUCCAUUUUGCUUGAGCGUAGUAUCCAGGCAAAACUUGGGGGUCCUGGUGUUGUACAGUUAUUUGGGAGCACCUCUCUAUUCUGUCUCUUUUCCUUCCUUCCUUCCUUCCUUCCUUCCUUCCUUCCUUCCUUCCUUCCUUCUUUCCUUCCUUUGUGGGUCCUUUUAGAAAUCUCCAUAGAUUGGCACAUUGACACCAUUUCUAUGAUCAAACAGAAGAUGCUGGUCAUAUCUUCCCUCCUGUUUUUUUCCUCCUCCAAAAUUUAUAUUGGGCACUCUUGAGAGGGUCUGGACAUGGGCCCUUUUGUGUCACUCCGUAAAGCACAAAUGCAGUGAUAAAAUAUUAUUUAAUAAAUACAAAGAAUGAGGUGAGUUAUAGCCUUUUUAUUGCAGUAGCAUUCAUACAUAGGGUUUAAUGGCACAGUGGGAGGUGAAGUACAGUGGUACCUCGGGUUAAGUACUUAAUUCGUUUGGGAAGUCCGUACUUAACCCGAAACUGUUCUUAACCUGAAGCACCACUUUAGCUAAUGGGGCCUCCUGCUGCCGCCGCGCCGCCGGAGGACAAUUUCUGUUCUCAUCUUGAAGCAAAGUUCUUAACCUGAAGCACUAUUUCUGGGUUAGCGGAGUGUGUAACCUGAAGCGUAUGUAACCUGAAGCGUAUAUAACCCGAGGUACCACUGUAGUUACUUCUGCAUGGAUACAGUCUGAGAAACAUAUGCAUAUGGUUCCAGGAUGAUCAGGGCAUUCACUCUGUCCAAUAUAGAAAUAAAGAGGGGACCCUUUGGCUCAAACCUGUUCAGAAACUCUACACUGAAUGUAGCUGACAGCUGUGCAGCUGCUGCUAGACUUGCCCUCCAAUGUGUGGAGUGUGGCCAAGCCAGGCAAUGAGGAUAUGACAGGGCAGUUAACAUAUAUAAAUAUAUUAAAUUCAGUCGUUGUUACAGGCGUCUAAACAAUGUGGAAAACACAGCUUAUUUUCACUUCAAUUUCUUCAGCUAAUUGCCUAGGUGUUACAGCUUAGGACUUACGUAAUCCUUUGGUUCUGAAACAGGGUGGUAAUAUCUUUUUAUAUAUAUAUUUUAAUAUUUUAUUUUAAGAAUUUGUUGCUUACAUUUUACAUUCAUAUCAACACAACAAAACACUACCUUUUGGAGGUUCUCAACCCCCAGACUUCCCCCCAUCCUCCUCCCCGGUUUCCCAUCAUUACCACUUAUCUUUUCUGCAUCUUUAUAUAUUUCUCUAAUUUAUUCAUUUCCCUUAUUACAAAAUUUACCCUAAUUAUAUCACCAGUGCUAUUCUAAGCCUGCUAAAGUUUUUAUGUGUUUACAAUGCUCCUUCAGAUAUUCUACAAAAUUAGUCCAUCUUUAAAAAAACAUUUUGUCCUCUUGGUGUCUGAUCUUCCCAGUCAAUUUCGCCAUUUCGGCAUAGUCCAUUAAUUUCGUUAUCCAUUCUUCUUUUGAUGAGGUUCUUUCUUUCUUCCUUCCAUCCCUGGGCAUAUAACAUUCUCACUGCUGUUGUUGCAUACAUAAAUAAGACCUUUUUCUCCUUUGGGAUUUCUUCUCCUAUUAUACCUAAUAGAAAAGACUCUAGUUUUUAAAUAAAAGUUAUUUUAAACAUUUUCUUUAAUUCAUUAUAUAUAAUUUCCCAAUAUGCUUUUGCUAAUUUGCAGGUGCACCACAUAUGGAAAAAUGUGCCUUCUUUAUCUUUACAUUUCCAACAUGUACUCGACAUUUACUCGACAUAUCAUUCCACACUUUUACAUAAUUAUCUUGAAAUAAGUUUAUAUUUUUUUGAUGUUAACCGACCCCUAAAUAUUUUACUUUUUUAUCUUUAAUUCUGUUAUUUGUUCAAGUUCAUUUUUAUUUUGUUCUGUCAUAUUUUUAACCAGCAUUUUUUAUUUUCCUUUAUUUAACUUAAAACCUGCCACUUGGCCAAAUUCAUUCAAUUUCUCUAAUACUUUUGGUACCGAUUCCAAAGGAUUUUCUACCGUUAAUACUAAAUCAUCUGCAAAUGCCUUAAGUUUGUAUGACCUAGUUCCAAUUGUGAUGACUUUGAUUUCUUCAUCUGUUCUUAUCUUUCUCAACAAAGUCUCUAACACCAGAAUAAAUAACAGGGGUGACAAUGGACACCCCUGUCUUGUUCCCUUUGUUAUAUUACAUUUUCCAGUAACUGUAUUGUUUACUAUUAAUUUAGCCUGUUGCUCAGAAUAAAUUGCCUCAAUACCCUUAGCAAAGACCUGUCCAAAAUUCAUUAUUUCAAUUACUUUUUUCAUAUAUGUCCAUGAUAUAUUAUCAAAAGCUUUCUCUGCAUCAAUAAAAAUCAAAGCUGCUUGCUUAUCAGUUCUAACUUCUAGAUAUUCAAUCACAUCAAUAAUGUUCUGUAAAUUAUCUUUCAUAUAUCCACCUGGUAAAAAACCGGCCUGAUCUCCAUGAAUUCAUGGGUGCAAUUCAGGAUGGUACUUUCUGUCAGUUUCCCAACCUUCUAUAAAUCUUACUUGUGAGGCUCCUCUAGUAUAACAGACCAGGGGAUCAGCUCACCCGUCCGACUGGUUUGGGAUUCUUCUCUUUCAAGAAGAUCUCUCCCCUUCUUACUGAAAUGAGAAUCCAAAUAAUAUGUCCUCUCACAUGUGCUGUUCCCAAUUCAGCUUCCCAGUUUUCUCUUGUCUAUAUGCUCUUAAAAUACACUAAUCACUGUCUCUCAAACUAAGUUCAGAGACUUUUUUUCUGAUUACAGAGUGGAUUUAACACACAGCUCAGGAGCUAUAUAACUAUCCAGCUGAAUGCCAGAACGCCAAUUCCUUAACUGCUUUUUUCUCGUGCCUACGCCAAGUGCUGUCACCACCUCCCUCUGGCUACCUGUACCCACAACCAAUCAAAAGGAGGCUGCAGCACAGCACUCUAGUGGAAUUCUGAGGCACUGCAUCACUAAACUUUAAACAAGUUGAGCUUUCAAUCUCUCAAGGCUAUAAACAUGUCUCGGUUUUCACUGAAGGUUUCUUUGACUUUGCCCCUUCAGUCUAUGGAAACAAAGACUUUGUUAAUUCUCUUUCCAGGUGGUGCUCUUGGAAUCCCUCAUCUGGGCAAAGUUUGGCUGGCUAUUAUGAAUUUGUACAGCUGGGAGGGAAUGAAUACACUGUUUCCUGAGCUAUGGUAUGUGUCCUAAAGUUUACUCAUCCCCAACCCACCCUGCCGAUCAUGAAUUGCCAAAGAAAGGUCUCUGCUGCAACAGUAUUACACAGUAGGCGGAUCCUUCACUAAACAGCAAUGACUUGGAAACGGAGACAUCCAUAUUAAUCUUCACUACUUCAUGUCUGUUUGUGACAGAACCUGUUCUUCACAGGAUUUCAUGUAGAGGUUACUCAGAUGAAGAACAUCUACUCAUGAGUCAGAGUGAGGUAUGGCUGGUUGCCAUACCUCUGCCUGAUUGGUGAGCAGACACAUGUCAUGGAUGUGGCAUAUGCUGCAUGUUAAGGAGCAAAAACUGCAAGCCGCAAAUGGAGCUCAAACUGCAGCCCAUAGGCCUGGGAAAUGAUUUUAAUGAUUUUAGGACUGCUUUAAGCAGUGCUUUCCCCCCUAAAAAAUUGUUUAGGGGUACUCUCAUUUUCUGACUCAUAUUAAAAUACUGCCCCUCAAUGAGGCCAAACUUAGAUUCACAAAAUGUUUAGAUGUAUGUGCACCCCUGCAUACCCCCAGAAAAGAAGCACUGGUUUUAAGAAAGAAGUAACCAGAAGCUUGCAGAAGAUACUAGGUUUCAGGAACUACGUGUGUAAAGAAAUGCUGAGACCAUUUGGUCUCUGUGACCAGUGAAUUCUUGCCUAUCACGUUUUUUUUGGUAAUAGGAUAUAACAGGGUUUUAAUCUGUAUAUGUAAGAGACUAUGGACUCAGCUAUAUAGCUGCAAAUAAAACGUUUUAAGUGUGUUUUAAGAGCAAUAUACAAUGUGACACAAGAUGGCGAUGGUGAGCCUUAUGGAAAAUUCAAGGUAUUUUUUAAAAAGCAUUUUCAGAACAUUUUUAUAUGUGUGUAGAUUCUACCUAUAUAAUAGUUUGCUCAUGUGCAACCAUCUCUCUGCCUUUUGGAUGUGCUUGGGAUUACAAAACACAGCUACAAAGAUGUUUGGUGCACAUUAUGCCAAUGUGCACAUCAUGGCAAUACUGCACUGGUCCCCUCCACACUUCAUUUCCAAGCUCAGAGUGCAGGCACUCUCAGAGGUCCAAAGAGGCCUGGGCCGCUUCCAGUUUUUGAGAUCCCUAGCUAUGAUAAAAUGAAGAUAAAAACGACAAUACUGGAAAGCAAAAUAAGGCACAAAAAAUAUAGUGGAUUGUUUUGUUUGUUAUUAUGUUAUGCUUUUUUGUCUUUUUAUACCGUAAACUGCCCUGUGAUCCUUGGAUGAAGGGCAAUAUAACCUGCUUUUAGUGUUACCACUACAUCCAGGAUUCCUGACAUUGUCUUCCAUGACCCUGUUUCUUCCUUCUUUCUGAAAUAGGCUGUUUCCUACAUGGCUGCCGGGACAUCCCUCGACAUACUGGUGUCACGCUCGCCAUAUCACCCUCGCGAUAAGCUACUGCUAUGCCACUCGCCUGACUGUAGAAGAAGAUGAACUGAUCCAGAGUCUAAGACAGGCAAGGCAACAUUCUCCAAACAUCCCAUCAUCCUUGGUCAAAGUGGGACCCUCAUACUCCCUUGGAUCUGCACUUGGGGAAUUGCUUGCUUGUAUCUGACAGGGAGACGGCUGAGCUGGGUGUCCUUUUUCCAUUUAAGGCAGAAGCCGAGCUCAGAGCAUCGGUGUUUCAAAAUGCCAUGAGAAUAUUUAUUUUGGAGAGAGGCGGGGGCAUGUAAACAUGCCACUUGGCCAUCCCUAUUCCAUAGGGGAGGGCAACUUUGGGAGGGUGGAAUAUGAAGUGGAGAUGGUGCCCAGGGCAUCACCCUGCCAAAUCAUGUAAGUCUCUCUCCUACCAUGUUUUUGUUUAAAUUUAUUUUAAUGGCUCUGUGCUUCGUGCUCCACAGAGAAUUGCUUCAGACCUUUGCCUCUUCUCCUAAAAACUGACAGACAACACCCACGUUGCCUUCUCUAUCGCAGUACCGUAAUACCAGACUCCCCCUUUUUGAUGCAUCUUUUUCUUUCUUUCUCCCUUUCUUUUUGGGUGGUAAAAGGUGUUUUCUCCUCCCCUCUUCAGAACUACUGAAAAACAAAUCAAUGAAGAACUGUUGAACCAUUAAUCUAUGGAGUUUCCUCCUCUAAUAUUUAAUUCAUUAAUAUAUUAUUUAUUAUAACAUACCUCUUUUCAUAUAAGUAUCAAAAUGGUGAUGAGGAGGUCCAUGAAAGCUGAUGCCAUAACACAGGGAGGGGUGGUCUCCCUUCCUAGCACAAAGCAUUGGUUAUGUGGGUACAGAGCAGAUUUUGCCACACUACCAUGAAUUUUCUGGGUUUUUUAAAGCUCUGAAAUGACAGUUGUCAAGUACACUAAUAUCCUGCUUCUUCUUUACUAUGAAAGUCAUUUCACUUCAUGGUUUCCUUCUAGGAGAUUUAUGUGGAGGACUUCUCCACCAUUGAUUGGCCAGCCCAGAGGAACAAUAUUUACGAAGCCGAUUUGCAAACUGCACACAGCUGGAUGCUGGAUGCUGCUUUGGGUGAGUGAUUUUGAAAUUGGCAAGUCUUUUUCCAGGAGUUCAGGUCUUCAGCGUAGGUUUUCUAGGGUUUACUUGGCACAGAGAAAGAGAGGAAGAGACUUCUGUUGGUCUGAGGAAUAAGACGUGCAUGUCCUUGGCCCAGACAUAUAUCCAUGGAAACAUACAACACCUUCCAGGUUUCAUAUUAUCACAGCUUGUUAGCUGGAAGCAAACAGUCAGCUCUGAGAACAAACACAAUACAAACCUUUGUAGCAAAUACAAGAAAGAGCCUUGCUUUGUGAGCAAGAGGCCUGAACCAUGCUGUGGACAUAUGCCAUGGCAUUAUGGGUUUUGUUGUCUUGGAACCAUUCAUGGUGAUCAUCACUGUGGUUUUGCCUGUCAGACUACAGGGUAGUUUGGGACAAAUGAUCGUAGAAAAGUUUUUGAGAAGGGGAUCUGCAAAAUGUUCGUGCAAGGGUGGGCGGGGGUUACCACAGAUGGAAGGCAUGGCAUUUGGGGUUUUUCUCUGUGUUAAAAAAUUGAUUGUUUUGUUUUUAAUAUUUAACUUUUGAAAGCUAAAUUGUGUUUGUCCUAAAUUGUGUUUGCUAAAUUGUAAUUGCAUGGAAAAUUAUUGCAGCCCAAAACACAGGAGGAAGAUAGAACCACAUUAACAUGAUUGCGAUGUUCAUAGUGUCUCUCUUAUUCCUUCUGCAGCUACCUUAAAUUUGUAUGAGAGAUACCAUUUCACCAGUUUCAGAAAGCAAGCCAUUGUAGAAAUGUAUGAGCAAAUCAAGGCUGACGACAUAUUCUCAAACACCACCAAUUCUAGCCCGGUAGGUCCUUUGUGAAUGUCUUUCAGAAAUAAUUGUAUCGGGACCAAAUUACUUUUGAUGGCAGCAUAUGUUCCUUCUCCUGAGGAAGAUUUCCCUCAGAAACCCGUAUACUUCCAAAGGUAGAGCUAUGCUUGUGGCAAUCUUGUUCUGCCCACUUGAAGGAGUUUCUGUGUUUGGCUGGUGACUUGCAGAGACAUAGCCAUGUGGCAGAUGAGUGUGCUAAGCAUGGAGGUAUAGUGGAGGAGAAUUUCUAACUGGAAUGAUAUCUCUUUUGUCCUGUAGAUUUGUAAACCGUUUCAUGUGCUAAUAAGACGGCAUGUUGAUGGAGCUGAUUCUCCAGCUUUUCAAGAACAUAUCUCCAGGAUCUAUGACUACCUUUGGUAAGGCUGGCAUAUUUAUUCCUCCCAUCUUUGUAGUGUCCUGAACAUGGUCUUGCAUAAGUGUGGUUUUGCAGACCUUGAUCUUUCCUCAAAAAAGGAUUAAUCAGACUAGAAAACGUAAAGCACAUUCACAUCGUACUUCAGAAUGGUGUGUAUACCUGCGACAUCCGUCAUAUGUGCACAGCUGAGCACAGAUGCUCAGAUGGCAGUUUCAUCACUAGGAGUUCCAGGGGGUUGCAGGGGGAGGGGCAGAAAGGGCAUACACACUCUAUAAAGAUAUCUCUGCCCCCUAUCUGAUUUGAACAACCCUGUGCAAAUGCGGCUUGCAGUGCAGUGGGAUAAAAUGACCUUGCUGCGUUUUAAGCCAGUGAUGUGAACAUAUCCUUAUUUGCAGUAUAGGCAGAUCUCAUGCACACCCAUCCCUCACUCAUGGUGUUGUAUGGAAGAGAUAUCAGGAUGAUUUGGGUCUCCUAUUAUGCAAUGCAGAUAGGUAACUACAUGGUCUUGUGUCUGCUAUAAUCUCUGCUUUUUAUAUCUCUGCAGGAUGGGACAAGAUGGUAUGUUAAUAAAGGUACAAUAGUGUGAACCAAUAUGUUGGGAAAUAUUAUGGGCUGCAAUUUGCAUUGCUUUGGUGACUCUGAAGCUCAGCUGUCUUCUCCUUGCCUGACAGUACCAGCUUCAUUGAAGUGAAUAUCAAAAUAUCAAAAUACCAGGAGAUCCAGUCAUGGCUCUCCUGCAUAAAGUGUAGCUUCACCCCAGGGUUAGGGCUAGGAGAUAAGAUGUAAGAUAAUACCAGGUCAUGUAGCACCUUUUUAAAAUGCUGAUUCAGAUCUUAUCUGAUGUGCCAAGAAUCCCAAAACACAUGCUGCUUAACUGAGAGAACAAGAGGAAUUGAUCAGUACACAAUACAAUCAAAACAAGGGCCAAGCGAAGGUGCAGAAGAGCCCUUUAGUUACUGAUUUACUCCCAGUGCUCUUGCUUUCUUUUAAAAUAGCGUAUUAUAAAAUAAAAAUGGGAGGAAACCAAUUGUUCACCACUCCCACACAAUUCUGACCACACAAAUUUCAGAGGCUUCCACACCAGUCCACCCACAUCUUUCCCCAUCUUCUACUCAGUUAAGCAGGAGGGCUUAUCACCAUUCCAUGAGACAUUCCAGCCCUUAAGGAGGGUGCACAGCAAGGCCAGUAGGGGAGGGUGUAGGCUGGGAAGUGGACAUGACUGGGGAAGCAUCCAAAGGGCUGGUUAGAGAGGACUGCAUUCAGCUCCCAGGCCAAUGGUUCUCCACCCCGAUCUAAUGGACAAAACUCUUCUUCCUUUCUUUAUAUCAGGUCAUGGGAUCACAGACCUGGGAUACAUCAUUUGCGAUUCAAGGCUUCUUGGAGGUAUCAUUUUAUAUUGUCAACUCUUCUGCUUUUGUUCUUUCCACAAUAAUUUCCAUUUACAUAUAUAUUUUAGAUGAAUGAACUGGCAUGUAGAGAGUGUGUGUUCAUUAUUUAACCAAAGCACACACACUACGAGAUCCGAACACCUCGUAUGCCUGUCAUGGUUAACCAAGAAAGGCAUGUUCUCCAGGUGAUUCUUAGGACAUGAGGUCCAGAAAUCCACACACUGAGUAUUCCUUUUGUAACACUGAAGUUAUCCCUGAUGAACUUGCAUUUAUUUUUGUGGCUGUCCAAAGUGAUGAUUUUGUGUAAGUGUCUGAGAUUUUCUCUGUGACUUUCCUGGGUCAGAAUUCUUAAGCAUAACUUCUGUCUUUUUCUAGGCUGGGGUUCAGAACAAUCCUGACUAUGCAUCCUGUCUGAAAAAAGCCCAUGAAUUCUUGAAAGCCUCUCAGGUAAAGCACUGAUCUUGGAAUAACAUACACAGGGAAUCAAUACUGCUUUCAGCUGUCUCAGCAAAAGAUUUAGGAGUGAAACGCUUGUCUCUUUUUGCAAAGUAACAUUGACAAGUAAUAUCAAUUCAGUUCUAUAGUGUGGCUUCAGUCCUGUGUAAAACCUUGUAUAUCCACUGUAAUUUACCUCAACUGACACUAUGGGUUGUACGCUGUAUGAAUCCUAUUCAGAGCAAACCAAUUCAGGUUAAUAAACCUGCCCAAUUUGAGUUCAUAAAUUUCAGUGAGUUUGCUAUGAGUAGCGUUAGCACCGGACACAACCCUAUGUGCUGCCAUUGCAUCAGGUUGUAGCCAUAUUCUGUCUUCUAAAUUACAGAACAUAUUUCUGACUGAGUUAAUUUAUUUAUUCUUUUCUAUUGUUUGUUAAUUAUUGCAUAGCCCAUCUUCUUCUCCAAGGAGCUUAAGGUGGCAUACAUGGUUUUCUUCCUCCUUACUGAAUCCGCACAACAACGCUGUGAGGAAUUUUAGGCUGAGAGGAAGUAGGGAUUGGCAUCCUGGUCUCUCAGGUCCAACACUCAAACUGUUAUGCCACACUGGCUUUCUCGGGUUAUAAAUAUAUUCUGAUUGUCUUUUAUUAAUAUGCUGCUAAUCUGUUUUUCAGAUUGUAGAUAACCCACCUAACUACCAGAGAUAUUAUCGCCAGAUGAACAAGGUACAUCCAGAAUUGUGUCCUGUGUGUGUGACACAUAGCCAGCAAAAAAAGAGUCUUUAAGUGUUAAUUCUGAGAACCCAAGGAGCCUGCUGGUUUAGGCCAGGGCCCAUCUAGUCUAGGAUCCUGAAAAAGAAAUAUGGAUCACCCGUCAAAUCCCUGGUUGCUUUAUUGGGAUCUUUUUGGGAGGAAAUUAUUCUACAGUGAUGGCUGCCCAAGGAGUCCUAAUAUAUUUUCUUCAAUAUCCAGGGUGGAUUCCCCUUCAGCAAUCGAGAGAAUGACUGGAUAGUUGGUGAUGGCACUGCUGAGGCCAUGAGGACAUUGAUGCUGCUGGAGGAAAAAUGCCCCUUCAUAGAAGAUCAUGUGGCACCUCAGCGCCUCUUUGAUGCUGUCAAUGUGGUGAGAAGAGGGAAAGCCCAGAAGAGAAAAUGGGAAGCAGGCAGGAGGAAGCUAUUGUGGGAAGACUGAAGUCAUCUAGCAUUCAGUAAUAGUGCUGAGGAGAAUAUUGGCUUUGUGGGACCAUAUUGGUUUUGUGGGCUAAGAGAAUUGGUGGAAGUGUCCCUGUGGCAGCAGUUUAUCCUCUGUGAAGGAUGAUCAGUCUUGAAUUUUGAGUUCCUUAAGCUCAGGUAAAGGGUUGUAAGGUGGCAGGACUGAGAGCAAUCUCCCUCAGUAAGCUGGAUCGAAAGCUCACUGGGCUUUAGGAUUGACAACAGAUGGACCAUUGAUCUUGUUCAUUAGAAAGUAGCUAUUGCAUCAUUACAGUUUACUUACAAUUUGAGGUCAAAUACAUAAUCUGUUAAUCUCUGUCCCUACAGUAGUAAUUUGGAGAUACAGUGCAAAUUAGCAAAUUUUGUCCUGGAAUCCUCAUCAUAGUCAUGAGGAGCAAUGACACUUUCUAGGGUUUGCUAGAACAACAGAAUCUCCCCAUCCACUGAGUUCUCCAUUGGCCUAAUAUGGUGAGAGAGGGCCAACUGGCACGACUACAUAUGUACGGCGAGCCACUCUCCUUUUGUUUAGUUCCACUUAAAAUAAAGAGAUUGGUUUGUCAAGAGCACAGACUCUGAUUUUACACACCAUUGUAGCCAGGUGGAUUGGCGCCUGAAUUGCAUUUGGUGCUUGUGGCAAAGUCUGAAACAGCAGGAAUCUAUCCAGACUUGAAAAACAGAAAAUGGACACAUGAAUCAUGGGAAUUCUUGCAUAGAAAGGGGCAACUAAAAUGAUGAAGAAUUUGGAGGAUCUCCUCCAUAACAUUUGGGGUUUUUUAGUUUAUAAAAAAGGCAAGUGAGGAAGGGGCACAGGAGUGGCUGGUGGGGCUGGACAGGAGCGACCAGCCAUGUUCCUCUGCAAGUAGGACAAGGAACACCAUGCCUGUUCUUAAACCCUCUCCCCGCCCCCCCCAUCCCACUUGUACUUUUUUGCAGAUUCUGAGCAUGCGAAAUUCUGAUGGUGGUUUUGCUUCUUAUGAAACCAGACGAGGGAGUAGGCUACUGGAGAUAAUGAACUGCACAGAGCUGUAUAGUAAGAACACAGCCUUGAUAUCAGAACAACUUAAAUGGGAAUCUUUUGUGAAUUCCGGUCCUCUUUACAAUUUCAUAGUUUUGGGGAUAGAGACCAUGAACUGAAGUCACAUGUUUGAAGGCAGUUUGUUUUGGCCAUAGGACCUUGGCAAUUGUUCACGUUGUCAGAGUCCACUGUAGGUGCUGAUAGGGGAGAUGUUAUAAGGCAGGCUGGUGGUUGGUUUCUGGAACAAGCAGAACAAAGUUGGCGUGAUACGGACAGUCCAUGUGGCUCUGACCAUGGAACCAAAAUGAUAAACAGGUACACAAAGUCAGCUAGAAAUCAAUGGUCUCCUCACAUCACACAUCGUCUGACUGUCAAAACUCUGAAGCCACCUCUCCCAGGAUGACCCCACCACCUCACAGCCUUCAGGGAGGGGACACUUUCCCUUGAGGGCAUUCUGCUGUGAACUGCAUGCCAGCAGGGAGUGUGGCCAGAGCCAUCUCUCCCUCCUUUUGCCACACCCUCUUCUCUUCCUCUCUCUCUUUUGCUCUGUGCCCAACAGGCUGCUAGGGGAGAGACCAAUAAUUCUUGCAGGGUUCUCAACUGUUUGCUUGCAAAGGGAUUUCCUCUCACAUCACCCCAUCUGUUUCACCUCCACCACCAUCUUCCUCCCCCUUUGGGCUCUUCCUGCGCUUUUAAAAAUAGGCUGAGGCCUGUAUGUGACCCUCUGGAUACAGGUUGCCCACCCCUGAUCUAGACAAAGAAGGAUCUCGCUGAUAGUCCUCUGCACAAAAUGCAUGGCCGGUUUUCCUGAUAAGCUUUUGGUGGGCAAAGGGCUGACAUUUUGACUGUUGUUUUUAUAGAGGUUUUUUUUUCCCUCCUGCUGUUUAAACUGCUAGGUUUUGGCUCCCUUUUAAAGGAUAUUUUCGGGGAUGCUAGCAUUUUAUAAAUCUGUAAGCCACCUUGAAACAUAAAGUAAAAUACUUCACUUUAUGAUUUUCAGCUGACUGUAUGGUCGACCACACCUAUACAGAAUGUACUUCAUCCAUAAUGCAGGGAUUGAAACAUUUUGGGAAAAGAUUCCCAAAUCACCGGGAAGAUGAAAUCAGGUAAAGGUAUGGGGGGAAAUCCCCAGAAGCUGAGAAGGAUAUUAUUGUUACAGCAUGAAUUCAUAUUCUAUAGUCUUGAAUUCUGUAUUCUAAUAGAAUAUUCCAUGUUAAGAGCUCAGGAAUUGCAAAGACUGAUUUUUUUUUGAUUUUUUUUUUUGGUAUUUGAUUGCAACUCCAGUCAUUAUUUAAAAUAUAUACAUAUACCUCCAUCUGCUUACAUCCCUGGCAACUACUGAUCACACGGUACAUCUGAAGUGGACUCCAGUCCAUAAAAACUUUUGCCACAAUAAAAUGUGUUAGGCUUUAAGGUGGCACAAGACUCUUAGUUGUUUUUGCUGCAGCAAACCAGCACAGCUACCCCUCCGGAAAUGUUUAUGUACAUGUAACUUACAGCAUACAUGUUAUUUCCAACAUAGAAGUGAUACAGUAUGUAAAGUUGUUGCUGGUGGUUUAAACAAAGACUGAUGAGGAACACUCUUGAUCUUAAUUAGCCAUCACCUGGGAGGCUGGGAGGACCUACUACUGGAUCACAGCCUGCUCUAAGGUGGGUCACAAUAGCAACACUAACGUUGUUAAAACAUUAAGAAGUGGGCCACUAAAUGAAUGUUUUGGGUGGGUCCAAGUUCUGAAAAAGUGGAAGGCUUCUUUAGGCCGUUGAAUGCCAUUGUUACACGGAGAUUGCCUUAAUGAUUGUCUUAUCCAGAACCUGGUUAGCUUGAAAUGUAAGAAGACUCCUUUGUUUUUCUUCCCAGUGAUACUCUAAGUGAGGCUUUGCAGUUUUGUCGUAAUAUGCAGAAAGCUGAUGGCUCCUGGUUAGGGUGAGUGGCUUACAAAUAUCCCACACUGAACUUGACUAUGGCACUGGUCGGCAGAGUUUCUGAAUGCAUACAUAGUGUUCUCAAAGAAUGACUUUGCUGACUGAGCUGUGGAAACCUUCACCUUUUGAAUGCCUUUCCUACACAACGGUUUGACAGAUAAAAAGGAGAGAACUAGCUAAUGCAACACGCUGUUCCAUUGUUUCAGCUGGUGUGUUAUCCUAGUAGACGAAGUGCUGUGGAUCAGCUGACCACUUGUAGUGUAGCUGACAGUCAGCUGUCCUAUGUUGAUACGGCCUAUGAUUGUGGCCCAGUGCAACCCCUUGGGGGACGUGGAUGGGGCAGGUCCUUUGUCCUUCAUGGCCAAUUGUUUUCUUCAACUGACCAGAGGGGAUGAUGGGAACGCCUGUCAAUUUUUAAAAUAUAAAUUGGCCAAUAGCGACCUGAUAGCAGAGUGGGGCUUCAGCAGCAGAGAUACUGAGGGUUCACUCCAGUCCUCCGCUGGAGUAUUUAAGCCAUCUGCACUGGGAGCCAGCAACAUAGUUGGCAGCUGAUCAUCCCACCCACCUAAAAAUUGGCAUUGCCUUUGAGGUAAGUGGGCAAUGUGUAUGGAGGACCUUGCUGUGGAGAUAAUCGGUCACUGUUUUCAGGACCAGGAAGGAAUUUGCAUGCAGACAAAUUGGGCCCAAUUGGUGGUUUUGCCUUCUCAUAGCAAUUGUCAUAACUUUCAGUGGAUAAGGCAUGGGAUGAAUUUUUGGUCUAUUUCGGGGGGGGGGGGAUAAAAUGGCGCAUCACCCCCUUCAUUUGGUGCCUUAUCUCAGGGAACCCUGGUAAAGGGGUUUGGGUAGAAGAUUCUGUCCAGAAGUCCAGAUGGGGGCAGACAAGCAUAGAACUUUCAUUUGGUGGUCUGGGGGGGUGGUCAGUUUGGUUGACCUGUGUCUUGAGGUAACCAAUCACAGGCACAGUCCUGUUUAUCUGCAUUUGCACUGGCGACAGCUUGCUCUUUUGGUAUGAUCUACAAAUAUGAAACUAUUUUGGGAUGGAGGGUAAAACACAAGCAAGGAACGGGAUUUCUCAUAAAUGCACAGAAUUGCCUUCUCGCUGUAGAGGGGAAUGCUGUAGCCUAACUCUAUGCACGGGAAUGAAAGGAUGAGUAUGCAGCCUCUUUUUUGAUGCAAUGAGAUCCUAAAAAUAAACAGAGCCGGAUCAGACUUAACCCUGAUGCAUGAAAUAGGCAAAUUCAGCAUGUGACAGCUAAGAGGGCAGUUAGGGGUCUUCUUCACAACAAAUAACUGAUGUUAGCCUGUCUGAGGAGUGAUUUGAAACCAGCAGCCUAAAAUGUAGUACCAAUAUCUAGGCAUCAGCAGCUUUUUCCACCCUCAGUAAAUCUAUGUCUGUUCUGAGGCAGGAUUUUGUGACCGUUCAACUGAGCAGUCUUUUAACAAUGUAGUUGCAUUAGGUAGUUGCACAAACCUUCACAUUGUCAUUAGGCUUAGAGAGAAAACAUACUGUACUGUUGGUAACACUAUGAUCCCUUCCCAUACUGAUCCCUUCAUGAGUCAUCAUGAGAAUUCACACCCUUAGAUCUACAGCCAGUAAGAAAAAUAACUGGUUAUAUAAAUUAGAUCUAGUUAAAUGUACAACAAGAAAAAAAUAAAAUAACAAGUUAUAUAGCAAUAAGAGAUUCUGACUUUGACUAGGAACAUGAAAUUCAAAAGAUUCUCGCAUUGCAGGGGGUUGGACUAGAUCAGGGGUCAGCAAACUUUUUCAGCAGUCCCCUAGACUUGUGGGGCGCCAGACUAUUUUUUUUGGGGGGGGGGGGAGAACGAAUUCCUAUUCCCCACAAAUAACCCAGAGAUGCAUUUUAAAUAAAAGGAGACAUACUACUCAUGUAAAAACAUGCUGAUUCCUGGACCGUCAGCGGGCCAGAUUUAGAAGGCGAUUGGGCCAGAUCCGACCCCUGGGCCUUAGUUUGCCUACCCAUGGACUAGAUGACCCUCAUGGUCCCUUCCACCUCUAUGAUUCUAUGAAACAAACAGUGAAUGGAAGGGUAUACUCAAAGGGUGUAGUCUCUCAUUUGUCUCAGUAUCUUUCAUUCAGUGGCUGAUGGGUUUUUCUUCCCUGACAGGCGAUGGGGCGUAUGCUUCACAUAUGGCACCUGGUUUGGACUAGAGGCAUUUGCAUGUAUGGGAUACAUCUACCGUGGUGGGUGAGUAAGCAGCCUUUCGGGCAGAAGAUUAGUAUGAAUGUUGCUCUGCUGGGAGCCCUUGAUGGAGCUGAGCUUCAGGGGUGUGAAGCGGAGAGACCGUCAGGCUCCUCCACCCAAAAUAUCAAAUGCAGGGGAGUCAUGUGCAUAUAUUAUUGAUGCUUUGGAUGCAGUCAAGGCCAACAGUGGAACAAAACCCAAUGAGGCAUCUCAUGGGCUAUUUCUCUCUCUCCCCUCUCAUAUUUUCUAGGGAGGCAUGCAAGGAAGUGACCAAAGCCUGUGAAUUCUUAGUCUCCAAGCAAAUGAAAGACGGUGGCUGGGGAGAGGAAUUUGAAUCCUACAGGUUUCGCAAAUAUAUUCAGCACACCGUUUCCCAGAUCCACCAAACCUCCUGGGCUCUGUUGGGGCUGAUGGCUGUUAGGUAAGCACAGAAGAUGGCAGUUAUCUACCUUAGCAAAGGCUUCUGUCUGCUUUUGCCCAAGUGGUUUCUGCAGCAGUUAGACAAACCAAUUAAGGCGUGCUAAAGAAACAUGCUUCUAAGUUCAUGGGGUUUGGCAAGAGGGGGCUGAUCUGCCCCAAGUCCAUUUCCUCCAAAGUCUUUUUCCCAAAAACACAUUAUCCAUUCACUAUGAGUGCAUUGCAUCACUUGCAUAAAUUUGUUCUGGGCCUGUUGGCUGAAGCAGGCUAGCCGUGGGAGAUGGAGCUACCAGCACCCAAAAGCAGUGAGCUGUGUACCUUUAAAGCACAUGACUCUCCCUAGAGAAUCCUGGGAACUGUACUUUAUCCUUCACAGAGCUGCAGUUCCCAGGAUUCCUUGCAGGAAGUAAUUUGCUCUAAACCUACGGUGUGUAUGCAGCCUAAUCCUCCAUCACAAGAGGCGCCUCCUUCUGGAAGUAUCUUUGGUUGUGCUUAUUUUCGUUGGGUGCCAUUACUCCUUUGAAAACCUAUGGAAAAAUAGGCCACAGACUUCCCUCUCACAUGUUGUGUCCCUCAUGCUGCAUAGCUAGCUUUUGUAAACUUACAGAGGACUGAAUUUUCCUGCAGCUUGGUAUGUAGAUGUUCUCAGGUGCUUCUUAGUCCAAACAAUUGAAAUAAUGCCAAACAAAGAGGCAGUUAAGGCCGUCUUAAAGACUGGGAUGGAGGCCUCACAAUUUAAUUUCUUUAGCUUCUUCACCUUUUUGAACUUGUGUGAAGGACUCAUGCACUUACAGGUCUUUCCACUAGGGGGACCCAUUGAGUUUCUGUGAGCCCAUGAGGGUUUCUUUCUUUUAAAAAGAAAAUGUAGUCAUAUAAGCUCCCCAGAAGAAAAUGUUAGGCUUUCCCUGCUGAUAACAGAACUAAUGACCAGUAUUUUUGUGGCUUUGCAGAUAUCCUGAUGUUCGGGUUCUGGAAAGAGGAAUACAAGUUUUGAUUGACAGACAGACAUUGAUUGGCGAGUGGCCUCAGGUGUGUUACAACUUUUAAUUUUUUCUUAAUCAAGUAUCCUCAUAGCAAUAUAAUUUCAAGGUUCACAGAAACAGUAUAUUUCAGCCAGCUAUGAAAUGGAUCAUGUCCUCCAAAUAUACAUAAAAUGAAUGAAUGAACGCAGAGCAUUUCCCACCAAGUACUGAGAGUGGGGGUGGCUAAGUUGUUGCCUUCCAGCCUACACAGGCAAUAGACAGGGAUGAUGGGAGUUGCAAUUCAGCAAUAUUUGGAGGACCAAAGGUUUUCCACCCCUCACUUACUGAAUGAGGCAGAUCAGAAUGUACUCUCAUUGGCAUUGUUGCUGUCAUAAAGAUGCUUCUCAUAGAUGGCUGCAAUGUAUUGUGGACACACAUGGACACUUGUGUGGCAUUGGCAGCUGAGAUCUUACAAGUGCUUCCCAUGUUCUCCCUCUAUUGAACACUCUGAUGUUCCUGUGGGAAGUAUUCUGUUGCCUUAGGCACCCAAGUGAUUCAUGCACCUGUCUUGUUACUGCUGUGGCAUCAAAAUGUGCCCUCAGGAUUGAGUUUGUGUGGUAUCAGAGCACAGGACACAGCUGGCCCUACUGUUAACAUGUGGCAGGUCAGAGGGGUGCCCUUAAAAAGCCAUAGACUGCCAGUUAAUUAUUUUAUUUUUUAAUCAUGGAACCAUUUGGAUAUUCUGCCUGAGAUGCUACAAUGUCUUUAGUCGCCUUUCCUACAUUUUAAUUGGCUCUGGUCUCUGAUUCCUGCUUCCAGAGUCUUGUUUGCCAGCCAAAAGCUCAGUGAUACUGUAUGUGACAGUUGCUCUUAAAAGAGGUUACAAUGAUCAUACAACUGGGUUCUCAGAUGGAAUUUAGUGACCAUGAAGUCAGGACAGAAGACUGCAUGUAGGUUGUUCAGGAAUUUCUCUCUUGCCUCUCCUCAGGGUGACAUCGCUACAGCAUUCUACAAAGCUGGUACUCUGCAUUACAAUGCCUACCGAAUCAUCUUCCCUAUCUUUGCACUUGCCCGCUUUACCCGGCUCUAUCCCAGCAGCCCUGUCGCUAAAGAACUCCUGAAGAAUGGAUCUGUGCAUGCAGUGCAGAGUCAGAAUGGAGGGUGCUGAGCAGAGGUGCACUGUCAUUCCUGAGAGCUUGGGUUUCAUCCUUCUCAACAUCACCCAGUGCUUUUCUCUCUUGAUUGAUAUUCGCCGUGUAGCAUGUGCUGUUUUUCUUCUAUUAUAAUGCCACAUUAGAUCACUUGAAACAUUCCUAUAAGAUCAGAAUGAAGGACGCAUUGACAAUUGAGAGACUGUCUUUUCCUUGCCAGGCUAACAACAUGUCUUGCGACCAGGAACAGCUUAAACUAUCACAUGAGCUAAUAUCCAAGCAUGAAUCAACAGGUGUUGGCUAUUUGGAGAGUCCCGCAAGAAAUUCAUUAUUUAAAUGCAGUGAGUAUUUCUCAGAAUAGCAGCACCAAUGUAACUGGUAGCACAGGAGUGCCAGCUUGGCCCCGUGGCCAUGGGUGCCAUGCAGCGUGUAGGGCCUCGGCACUGAAAUGUGUGGGUUCCCGUCCUCUUUAUGGGAAAUUUUGUAGGUGCUCAGCCAUGCAGGGCCUCAGGAAG